UCUCCCAACAUCAGGGUCUUUUCCAGGGAGUCUUCUCUUCUCAUGAGGUGGCCAAAGUAUUGGAGCCUCAGCUUCAGGAUCUGUCCUUCCAGUGAGCACUCAGGGCUGAUUUCCUUCAGAAUGGAGAGGUUUGAUCUUCUUGCAGUCCAUGGGACUCUCAAGAGUCUCCUCCAGCACCAUAAUUCAAAAGCAUCAAUUCUUCGGCGAUCAGCCUUCUUUAUGGUCCAGCUCUCACUUCCAUACAUCACUACUGGGAAAACCAUAGCUUUUACUAUACGGACCUUUUACUAUACGUCUUCCCUAUUUUACAAGCACCGGAAAGGAACAUUCCAAGAUUCUGUGACUGUUGGGAUUGCGGGGGAAACGGCUCUUGGGAAGUGAGCUCAGGAGAGGAGUUGGGAAGCUGGACGAAGGAGAAAGGAAGAGGAGGUGAGUUGAAAAGUAGAAGGUAAAUGUCAAUAUAAGCUGUGCUCGUGUGAACACAUUGACAAGCCCAUCACAAGGGAAGCUGUGGCCUUCCAGAUCUUGCUGGCUCCAUCUCCCAUCAGCUGGCACAGACCGCCAUAAAGGCAGUUGUUUUCUAGUACCAUCUGGAGAACCUUUGAUUUUCCCCGUCUCCAGAUGUCUUUGGGGUCCUGUUGCGUUCUCAGCAAAGGGGAGGAGAUAAACUGAGAAGCAAACAAGAAGGUAUGCUCUCCUUGAAGGACCAAAUACACACAGAGACUCUUGUCAAAUGUAGAAAGAAGAGGCAUGGAAGGUCAGGAUUGUAUCCACUGGUUUAGCCACUGACCUCCAUGUCUUCUGGGUCCCAUAUCUGCCAGGCAGGGCUGGCACAAGAAAUUUUGGCACCUGAAUCGAAUCACAAAAUGGCGGCUCUCUCCCAACCAGGAAAGAAGACGGGGGAAAUAAACAUCUAACUCAGGAUCUGCUGCCCCUGUGAAUCUUGCCACCUUGACGCCAGGCCUUCUGUUCUGACACAAACUGAUUUAAGCGUCAGUGUCAUGUGAAAGAUGGACUUAGUUUACAUUCACGCCAUUUCGUUUUGUUUCACUUUUAAUUUUUAUACCGCCUUUCUAUAUUACUAUGCACAAGGCAGUUCACAAGCGGAAAAAGCAACAAAAUAUAAAACGCCGCUCAUCUUAUAGCAAUCUGAUCCAAUACGAAUAAAUCGUAAUAAAAAUAUGACUUAAUGUAAACAACUUUUAUCAAAUGAAGUAAUAUCCAGUAAUCCAUUAAAAUAUACCCAAUAAAAUUAACCCACAACAUAUCAACACAUAAUUGAACAGAAAUUCACUCUCGACAAUUACAAUAGAUCGUUAUUAAUUUAUAAUCAAUAAAAACAACCACAAAAUUACAAUAAUAAAAUAUCCCAAUGCAUUUUUUAAAAACCAUGUAAAAAGACUGAAUUGAGCAAGAAGGUUACAUAGCUUAUAAAAUUAUUUUUUAAAAAAAAGAUUAAGCACAUUUAAAGCACUUCAAAUAGUCAUGGCUUCCCACAAAGAAUUAUGGGAGCUGUAGUUUCUUAAGGUUUCUGAGAAAUGCUAGGAGUCCCCCAUUCCCUUCAUGGAGAGGUUUUACAAUCAACACCUCCUCACAGGGAACUCUGGAAACUGUAGCUUUGGGAGUGAAAUAGGAGAACCUUAAUGAUUCUCAGCAGUACCCUUAACAAACUACAGCUCCCAGAAUUCUUUGGGAGAAGCCCUGAAUGUUUAAAGUGGUAUCACGGCACUUUAAAUGCAAGGUGUGAAUAUGACCUCAGAGUGGGGAGAGCUGGAUUCAAAUUCUCACUUUGGUCCAAAGCUUACUGAGUGACUGGCUCCUUUUUCCUUCCCUCCCUCCUCUGAUGAACCUCUCGCGUCUCUGCCUCCCAAAGGCUUGCACAGCUGUUUGUUGCAGCAGCCCUGGCCACAAGCUCCGCAGGCGAAUGGUGCCUCUGGGGCUGGUCAGGGAGUGCUGGGUGCCAGGAACAGAGGCAGCCUCGGAGUAAGCAAGCAAGCAGGUGUGGGAACCCAGUCAGCCAGUCUGCCAGCCCUUGCUUUUGGGAUGGACAGACAAGUCACAGGCUUCAGUGGUGCAAUUUGAGGAGGCAUCUCUCUUUGGGUCAGGAGGGGUAACUCAGAGACCAGGGGCAGCAGCAGCGGCUGCCCAGAAGACUCCCAAGGAAGAGGGGAGAGGAGGCUGAGGGAACCCUCCACCAGGGAGGGUGUUCGAAAAAGGGUGAGAGGCUGCCAGCUCUGCAGGCAAGGGGUGCCGCAACUGGGCCCCUGAGCCCCUCAGGGGGGCCGCAGAAAGAAUGCAAGUGGUCAAGGGAGCCGAGGACUCAAAAAGGUUGAAAACCUCUGGCCUUAAUCAAUCUCACAAAGUUGCUUUAAGGACAAAAUUGGGGAGGGGGAGGAAGAGAGCAGCAAGACAAAAUUCAAUUGCUCAUUAAUUGCCCAUUUAUUCAAAAUCCAGUUUAAACUACAGUGGACGCUCGGCUUGCGAACGUGAUCCGUGCGGGAUGCAUGUUCACAACCCACAGCGGCGCGUCUGUGCAUGCACAGGUUUGCAAUUUGGCACUUCUGUGCAUGCGCAAAGCGCAAUUUAGCACUUCUGCACAUGCGUGACCGCCGAAACCUGGAAAUAACCUGUUCCAGUACUUCCAGGUUUUGGCGGUCCAUAACCCGAAAUCUGUCCGUACCAGGGACGCGGGUGGCACUGUGAGCUAAACCACAGAGCCUAGGACUUGCUGAUCAGAAGGUUGGCGGUUUGAAUCCCUGUGACGGGGUGAGCUCCCGUUGCUCGGUCCCUGCUCCUGCCAACCUAGCAGUUCGAAAGCACAUCAAUGUGCAAGUAGAUAAAUAGGUACCACUCUGGCAGGAAGGUAAACGGCAUUUCCAUGCGCUGCUCUGGUUCGCCAGAAGCGGCUUAGUCCUGCUGGCCACAUGACCCGGAAGCUGUACGCCAGCUCCCUCGGCCAAUAAAGCAAGAUGAGCGGCGCAACCCCAGAGUCGGUCACAACUGGACCUAAUGGUCAGGGGUCCCUUUACCUUUACAUUUAACCCAAAAAAACGCAACCUGAAGCAUCUGUAACCCGAGGUAUGACUGUAUUCAGUUUAAUUAGUUCAACAAAAUGGAAGAACUUGAUCCACUGAUACCAGCUUUUCAAACUGGUGGUAAUUUACACUUCCAGCACCUCCCUGCCACUCUGCUGCAACUUAGCACCCUCCCCCCGGCCAUCCCAUUGCCCCCCCCCUCCAGGAAGCACUACCACCCACUCUGAGAACCACUGGUCGAUCAGCUCAGCUUCUGCCUGGUUCUAGUAGAGAAACCAUCAAGCUUUUCUUGGACUGCUUGGACUUCCAUCAUGCCGCAAUUUGCACCCUGCACUUUUGAGCGUGUAGCGUACACAUGCUUUGGACCAAAGCAUCCAAGUCAGGCUAUUAUUCUAUGAAGUGCUCUGUGACACAAAGACUCAUCCACUCUCUCAUAUGACGUUAACAUAUGAGAGUGUGCUGGAAGUGAAAUAGUUAAACAGGUUACCCUAUCAGAACCCAGGGGGGUGGAGUCAGAGGGACUAUAAAACCAGCUCUGGGAGGAGUUUGUUGGGAGUUGGGUGGUUGGUUGGAGUGGGAGUGAAGUGGGAUAGAGUCUGUGGGUAGGUUGAGUGAGUGUGGCGAAAUAAGUUGAGUCAGGAACAGUUAGGAGCUAGGAAGACAAGUAAAUAUCUGAGAGGUGGUUUAGUGAGUGAGAGCAGGUAGCGGAAGUUAUAGGUCUGGAUAGGCACCCCAUGAUUGUAAUGGACUGAUACCGUUUAUGAAACCACACGCUUGUUAAACUGCAAUAAAUAAACAGAAGUUUAUGUUCCAACUUAACCUGACUGGACUCAGUAUUGUCCCAGGUAGGGCCUGGGUGGUGGCAGCGAGAAAUAAAGUGGUGGCACAGGGAUCAAUAGACGGUGAAACAUCCAGGGACCCUGUAUGAUCGCUACAGAAAAGUCCUCCCCCUGGGGAUUAUCAUUCUCUUCUCCAGAAUGGAGUGAUUCAGUAUUUUCACCAAUUAAUUAAAUAAGAGAAUUUUACUUUCAAGACUGUUCCUCCUGGCUUGGCUUUUCAAGACCCUGGUCCCCAAAGUAUAGCUUUAGGUUUUUGCCUCUAACCUUUCAAGCUUACCGUAUUUUUCUUUCUAUAAGAUGCACCAGACCACAAGACGCACCUAGUUUUUGGAGGAGGAAAACAAGAAAAAAUAAUAUUCUGAAUCUCAGAAGCCAGAACAGCAAGAGGGAUCGCUGCACAGUGAAAGCAGCAAUCCCUCUUGCUGUUCUGGCUUCUGGGAUAGCUGCGCAGCCUGCAUUUGCUCCGUAAGACGCACACACAUUUCCCCUUACUUUUUAGGAGGGAAAAAGUGAGUCUUAUAGAGCAAAAAAUACGGUACUUCCACCGGUCCUGAGCCUAAGCCUCUGCCAGACAGUCUUUUCAGAUCUCUUGCUCUUAUUGUUAUCUGGGCCUCACGGCAAUCUGGGGUUUAUCCUCAGUCCCACCCUCUGCGCCACAAAGACUCACCCUCUUCCCGUCCAACGUGUACAGCUUCUUCACCGUGAACUGCAUGAUCUCCGAAAUCUCGUCCAAGAGAGUCUUGAAGCUCCGCGCGUUCCUGCGGUUGAGGAUUAUCGGCCGCCUGGUGCCCACAUCCCCGUUCUUAACCAGAGUGACUUUCUUGGGUAUCCGCGGACUCUGCUGGGCAAAAGCGGCCGAGUGGUCUUCGCGCUUGAUCUCUUGGGCCGCCCUACGCAACGCGCUGGCCGGCUGGCCGACCUUCUGAGGAGCUGCUCUCCGGCUGGCGGGACCAAUACUGAUGGGUGUGACGUAUUUCUUAUCGGAGCACAGGUAACACCCUCCGUCCUCCAGCUGGUCCAGGGUGCUGAUGCAGUGUAUCCCUCGCGGCGUCGUGAUGGUCCUCACCCCGAAAGGCAGCGGGACCCUGUGGGAGAGGUCGUCCAUCAGGGCGUUGAAGCUCUUGAAGCUGCGCUGGUUGAUGGCCAUCUUGACCCCUCCAAACUGAGGGUCCCCGCUCUUGUAAAAUGUUAUCUUCUUGGCAGGGGCGACCUGGGUGAAGGCAUUGGUCCGAGCCACGGGGGGAAGGGGCUGUUCAUAGUUAUAGGGGCUGGCGGCGGAAAGGGAGUCAGCGGGUUCCUGCGUCAUCCUGGCGAACGUUUAGAGGUAACUGCAAGGUGAGAACAAGAGGUGUCUAUGAAUCUAAUAAUAAUAAUAAUAAUAAUAAAUUUUAUUUUAUUUUUAAUUUAUUGGAUUUUCCACAAUAAUAACAAAAACCACAAAGCAGAAUAUCACACAAAAACAGAAAACAGAAAAAAGGGGGGAAGAAAGAAAAAUACAUCAAUGAACAAAAGAAAGAAAAAGGAACAAUAAACAGAUAAACAAUAACAACAAACUUAAUUCUUUACAAAUCCAACCUUUUAAACAUCUUGGUUGACUUCCUCUAGUCCAGGGGUCUGCAACCCGCGGCUCCGGAGCUGCAUGUGGCUCUUUUACACCUUUGCCGCGGCUUCGGGGCGGAUACUAGCGAGGGGAAGAGGCGCAUUGUGCGCCCCGACACUCCCCACUGUGGCGGGCGCUGUACUGGCUGUGACGUCGCAUGGGGGCAGUGCGUGCGUUAGUCACGCACCGUCCCGACAUCACCUUCCCGCCCGCCCGCCCGCUACAUUGAAAGGGGGCAUGUACGCUGGUUACUGUUUUGAAGGGGAGUGAAGAACACACACACACACACACACAAAGGUAACUUGUUAAUUUAAUGUUUAUUUCUAUGAGGAGGAGUAAUUCUGAGGGGUCAAACAAAGAAAUAAUAACAAAAAGUGACAAUAAAGUUAUUUUUAUAAUGACGAGUUUUGCGGCUCCCAGUUUUUUUUUCUUCGGAAAUGGGUCCAAGCGGCUCUUUUUGUCUUAAAGGUUGCAGACCCCUGCUCUAGUCCCUCCCUUCUGAAUUUCCUUGUAGUUGAAAGUAACAGCUUUCCAAUAUCAUUAUUGAACUAAAACAAUUUCCAGUUAUAGUCCAUCUUAUUCACAUUUCUUAAUAUUCUAAAUCCCAUUUAUUUAAUUAUAACUUAGUUUAAUCCAAGGCCUAUUUGUUUCUUUUAAGUAAUUUCUAAUUUUUUAUAAUAAUAAAUUUUAUUUAUACCCCGCCCUCCCCAGCAAAGACCAGGCUCAGGGCGGCUAACACCAGGUAUAAAAACAAUUGAUUAAAAUACAGCUUAAAAGCAAGAUUAAAAUACAACAUUAAAAUGCAGCCUCAUUUCAGUAGAAACUCAAAUCAAAAACUUUUGGGGGAUGAAAAUGUCAAAUCUUCACCAAGGCUAACUAUCCAGACUGGUCCUACGUGGGCCAGAAAAAAGCCAGGGAAGUCCGCAAAUAGGGGUUCCAUCACAGAAGGAGAAAGGAAAAAGGAAAGAGGGGGAGGGGAUCAAGUUGAUUCCAAGCCAAAGGCCAGGUGGAACAACUCCAUCUUAUAGGCCCUGCGGAAAGAAAUCAGAUCCCGCAGGGCCCUGGUCUCAUGAGACAGAGCGUUCCACCAGACCGGAGCCAGUGUUGAAAAGGCCCUGGCCCUGAUUGAGGCUAAUCUGACUUCCUUAGGACCCGGGACCUCUAGGGUGUUGCUAUUUAUGGACCUUAAGGUCCUCUGUGGGGCAUACUGGGAGAGGCGGUUCUGUAGGUACCAGGGUCCUAUGGUUUAUAUUUGCUAAAACACACGUACACACACACACACGGGUCAAUUAGUGCCAGGAGCGAGGCAGCAGUAAAUCUCACUCUGCAAAGAGAAGUUAACUCUUUAUUCACAAGAACACCAUCUGCACAGACCAGGCAGAGUGGCAGGGCUAAUGAGAACAGCCGCUCAUCCCCACUAGGUCUUGCCCCAUAGAUCAGUUGCAAAGACUGAAAGUUACCCCAAAAUCAUUUAAGUUCCCUUCUUUCCUGGGUCCCCCCCCCAAGCAAUCCGGGACUGUGCCUGCAUGAAGCCAACCUCUCCUCUGCCCCUUUCACACCUCUACUGGUUCUGGGAGCUUGUUGCAGCAGGAGGGGAAGAAACCUGUGAUUUUGCACCGGCCUGACUCCUUUCUGCCUCUUGGCCUCCUUAAUCCCCUGCUUUACCUUCUGCCUCUGAUUCUGGACUACUCUCUGCCACAGACUCUCCCAGCUCACUAAGCCCUGUUUGCUCUUCAGCUUCCGACACCUUUUCUUCCCAGUCUUCUCCCUCUGACCACUCGUUGUCAUCCCCACCACCACUCCCUGGACUCUGAGCCCCCUUCCCUUGGGGGUGCCCCAUUUGGGUAUGGAGUUAAGUGGUCUGAGGGAGUUCUUGGGACCAGAGGAAGAGACAUGGAGGGCCGUAUUUGGCCCCUGAGAUCCCCUCCACGCAUGUCCUCAUGCAACCAGUUACUCUCUUGCCAAGUUAGGCAGAACACCUGCUCUAAGAGUUUCCAGAGUGGCUGUUUGACAACUCUCCCAGCGGAGGGCAUCCCAUUUUGAGGCUGCUAUUUCUCCUUGCUCCUGCCUUGAACCCUGAUAUCUCACCAUUGGCUUGAUGGAUCAAAGCAAAGCACUCUGCCAUUCAAUUUGGCAGCACUGUACAUUUUUAAAGCGGCAAAGCAAAAUUAAUUUUCCCAAGCUGGAGAGUAACUUUGGUCUGAUCCAGACCUUGCACCGUUGCUUUCCCCCCAGGAAAACCUGAUCUCUACUGCUGAAUUGGAGCAAGUGCCAAUCAGGUUUUCUCCAGAUUGACGUUUGAUCCGAUUUAUUGCUAAAGGGUGGGUUUUCUGGGGGAGAGCAGUGGGGCGAAAGCAAAAUCUUGGACCUGAGCUUUCCAUCUGAUCAGGUAUGCUAACGAUUUCUAAUUCACCUUGCUCAUUGUUUUGCUUUCUAAUUAGGCCAUUAACUUGAUGGUUUGGUCCCUAUUGGCAGUCGAAUAAGACUUGAGCUGAGCCGACCGUUAAGCAUACAACAAUUCAAUAUAUUAUGGUCCAUGUUAAUGCAUUUACAGUCAGCAUACAUUUUAAAUUAAGUAAAUGGUUGUGCUUUACUUCAACCAAGCAUGGGGCAGGUUGGGGCAGGGACCUGAACUGGAGCCUAAUUUCCCAUUUCUAGAUUUUUCAAAAUUUGUUUAUUCUUUCUUGUUUAACAGGUUUAUAUACUGCUUAAUCAACGGAAACCUCUACAGUGGUACCUCGGGUAAAGAACUUAAUUCGUUCCGGAGGUCUGUUCUUAACCUGAAACUGUUCUUAACCUGAAGCACCACUUUAGCUAAUGGGGCCUCCUGCUGCCGCUGCACUGCUGCUGCGCGAUUUCUGUUCUCAUCCUGAAGCAAAGUUCUUAACCCGAGGUACUAUUUCUGGGUUAGCGGAGUCUGUAACCUGAAGCGUAUGUAACCUGAAGCGUAUGUAACCCGAGAUACCACUGUACUCAGUUUUUCAUAAAACAAUACAAACUGUUCAUAUAAAAAAAAUCAGCGCUACAAACAAGUAGGCAUAAAAAUACGAAAAAUAUAGAUAAAACUAUCAGUUUAAAAACAAGAAUACACAAUAGUGUGGCAUGACUGGUUAGGCUUUCUGAAACAAGAACGUUUUUAGCAGUUGGUGAAAACAAUACAGUGCAGGUUUUUGGCAUCAAUUGGCAGGGAGUUCCACAGAGUAGAGGCUGCCAUGCUAAAGAAUCAAUUUCUUGCAAGAGUGGCUCUAUCUUCACUGUGCAUUUAAAGCAGCACUGUGCCACUUUAUUUAAAGCCACGACUAUUAAUAGCUUUCCCAAAAAGAAUCCAGGGAAAUGUAGUUUUUUAAGGGUGCUGGGAGUUUUUAGGAGACUCCUCAUAUUCCCUGCUCAGGGCCACAAUUCCCAGAGUGGUUUAUCCAUUAUUAUUAUUAUUAUUAUUAUUAUUAUUAUUACUCCGCUCAUCUGGCUAGGUUGGUCCAGCCACUCUGGGAGGCUUCCAACAUAUAUAAAAACAUAACAUAAUAAAACAUUACACAUUAAAAAACUGCCUUCAGGUGUCUUCUAAAGGUUACAUAGUUACUCCUUAACAUCUGAUGGGUGGGCGUUCCACAAGGUGGGUGCCACUACCAAGAAGGCCCUCUGCCUGGUUCCCUCUUCCCAGGAAACCUCCAGCAUGUGGUUAGGAUGGGGCUAAGGGGUUUUGUCAAAGCCUUCUUGGAAAAUAGAGGAGCUUAGGAGAAGAAUAUGAAGAGAGGGGGCUCAAGGAAAUAAGAGAUAAAUCAAAAGGUGAAACAUAAAAGCCUGAAUGUUAUCAUUAAAUCUGUGCUUCACGAUUCUGGACUCUGCCCUUCUGUGGUCCUCAAGCCACAGCCAGCGUUAGUGUGUGUGUGUGUGGGGGGGAGUGUCAGGUAUUUACAGAUUGCUGAAGAGCGAAACCACAUGGCUUCCUGCCACCAUCUUAGGAAUUUCAGAAUCUGUCUCACAGAAAGUCAAGUCCUUGAUCCAACCAACCCAAUAUUUUCUACACCAGAGGCUCUCAGUAUGCGACUGGCAAGCACCCAGAAUAGGCACCAACUCUUAAAGGUAAAGGUAAAGGUACCCCUGCCCGUACAGGCCAGUCGUGUCUGACUCUAGGGUUGUGCGCCCAUCUCACUUAAGAGGCCGGGGGCCAGCGCUGUCCGGAGACACUUACGGGUCAUGUGGCCAGCGUGACAAAGCCGCAUCUGGCGAGCCAGCGCAGCACACGGAAAUGCCGUUUACCUUCCCACCAGUAAGCGGUCCUUAUUUAUCUACUUGCACCCGGGGGUGCUUUCGAACUGCUAGGUUGGCAGGCGCUGGGACCGAGCAACGGGAGCGCACCCCGCCGCGGGAAUUCGAACUGCCGACCUUUCGAUCGGCAAGCCCUAGGCGCUGAGGCUUUUACCCACAGCGCCACCCGCGUCCCUGCACCAACUCUUAGGGACACCCUAAAAUGUUUGAGGGCGGCCACCCCACCCAAAAAAAGUUUGGUGGGCCCCUCAAUAUUUUAUUCAUUUUGGCACCCCUGCCACCCACAAGUCUCGUUCAGGUGAUCGGUGGGAAAGGCUGCAAAACUGCCGGGAAGAAUAUGUGCUUUUUCUGACGACAGAGAUCACGGUUUGUUUUGACAGGGGCCAGAUAGGCUAGCAAAGCCCUAGCUGACAGCUUGGGGUUUUCAGUCCAAAUCCAGUAACGGAUGCUGAAAACCGACCCGGAGCUAAUGCUGAAAAAAAGGUUGUGCCCGUUUUCACAGAACUUUCCUUGCAAAAACAAGCGCAUCCAUUGCAUUAGAAAGCACGGAGAGGGUCAAGGGUGCUGCCUAGCCUUUUGGGGGCUCGUCGAAAACCAGGAAGCCGUUCUUUACAAUAAUAAUUAAACAUGGUAAGCGUAACGCUGGUGGUCAACAAAAGAGGUUCAAAGACUCUCUCAAGGCAAAUCUUUUAAAAUGUAGUAUAAAAACCAACAACUGGGAAACACUGGCCUGUGAGCGUUCCAGUUGGAGAACAACCUUUACCAAAGGUGUAAUGGGCUUUGAAGAUGCUCAAACUCAGGAUGUAAAGGAGAAAUGUGCUAAGAGGAAGGCACGCUUGGCAAACCCUCACCAUGAACAACUCCUGCCCGGAAACCAAUGUCCCCAACGUGGAAAGACUUGUGGAUCCAGAAUUGGCCUCCACAGUCACUUACGGACUCACUGUUAACACCAUGUUCAUGGAAGACAAUCUUACUCAGCUACGAGUGAUAGCAUAAUAAUACAGUGGUACCUCGGGUUACAUACGCUUCAGGUUACAGAUGUUUCAGGUUACAGACUCCGCUAACCCAGAAAUAUUACCUCGGGUUAAGAACUUUGCUUUAAGAACAGAAAUCACCCGAUGGCAGCACAGCGGCAGUGGGAGGCCCCAUUAGCUAAAGUGGUGCUUCAGGUUAAGAACUGUUUCACGUUAAGAACGGACCUCUGGAACGUAUUAAGUACUUAACCCGAGGUACCACUGUAAUAAUAAUAAUAAUAAUAAUAAUAAUAAUAAUAAUAAUAAAUCGUGCCCCAGCCACUCUGAGUGACUUCCAGCCUAUACAGAAACAUAAUAAAACACCAAACAUUGAAAACCUCCCUAUUCAGUGUCUUCUAAAGGUUGCAUAGUUAACUUAUCUCCUUGACAUCUGAUGGGAGGGCUUUCCACAGGGUGGGCGCCACUACCGAGAAGGCCCUUUGCCUGGUUCCCACAGGUAUCCCUCUCCCCCAGAACCAAGAUGGGUUGGUUCAUCAGGAAACCCUUUGCACCUCACAACUAUGUGUGUGUUUGGGGGUAGGUCAGAUAAGGUCCGGGUGGGAUAACGGGAGGAAAAGCCAUGUCAAGGAUUCUGGGGUUUGGGGGUGGGUGACUUAACAGGGGCGACAACUCAAAUGCAAGACAGGCAGGCAGGUAUACAACUCUGGAUCGCAAGCAGGGCAAAUAUACGUGCCUGUACUUACACGAGUUGGCUUCAUGCUGUGUUUUGGUGGUCCGCAGUGCCUCGUUCCUUUCCGCUGCCCAGUGAAGGGGCCAGCCGUUAAGUAAAAUGUCCGCAGGCCCUUACGCAAGGCUGGGCUUCAAAGCCAGGGGCAUUGGCACCUGCUCUGCCCUGCCGCUCGCCCUGCCCUCGAAAUAACUGAGCAUGCAGCUCUCAGGGUUAAUCGGGACAUUGCUGCUAACAUUAGACAGCAAAGCCAUGUAAUCGCUUCGGGGAGGUAUUCAAAGCCACCUUCAACUUUGGAGGCAGCUGAUACUGCUGGUGCUCUCUCUCUCUCUCUCUCUCUCUCACACACACACACACACACACACACACCUUGCUCUGGUGCAGAAUCAAAGAAUCAUAGAAUUGCAGAGUUGGAAGGGACCUCCAGGGGUCAUCCAGUCCAACCCCCUGCCACGCAGGAGUCACAGCUAAAUCAUCCUUGACUUAAUUGGCGCAAAUGGCAAUUUGGGUUUUCCCCAGAUUGCUGUUUGUUCUGGAUUAUCACAAAAGAGUGGGUUUUUCCCUUGGAAAGGAGCAGGGCAAGGGGGAAACUCCUCCCCCUUUCUAAGCCCAAAGUCCCAUUCCGUUAUCCAUUUUUUAGGCGAGGCCAAGGCCAAAGAGGAAACUGCUUAUUUUAAGUCCACAGCUUCUGGGCAUCCUUAAGGGAAAUGGCAGUCACGAGGGCCAGAUUUAACACAUUAAAAUGACGGGUUUGUCCAAUAAUAAUUAUUAUUAUUUAUACCCCGCCCAUCUGGCUCCUGUUUAACAUAGGAAAAUAUUUCAAAUUCCCUCCACUUGGGGCAGGGAAAGAAUCAAGAUUCUCAAGAGUCGUACUCAAGUGGUUUAUUCCUCCUCUCUCCCAAUACUGCUUUUCUUUUGUUAUGAGUCUUUUAGAUUGUACAAAUAAAUGAUGAAGAUGAUUAUCAUGGUAAGCCUGAAAUUUGCAAUUUACUCUGGGAGUUUUUUUGGCUUAAAAACUGCCAAUGAGGGAAGGGAGUCUGUUCCACGGUUGAACAGUCUUACUGUCGGAAAGUCUUUCCUGAAUGCAGUCAUAGAGUUGGAAGGGACACCCAGAGUCAUCUAGUCCAGCCCACCCGCAAUACAGGAAUCUUUUAGUGGGACAAUGAUGCGUGGUAGGAACCAGAAGACUGGGAAGGGGUAACAGUGCUUAGUGAGCAGGGAGAGUCUGUGGCAGAAAGAAGUCUAGAAUCAAAGGCAGAAGCUAAAGCAGGAAAGUGGGAGGAAGGAGACCAAGAAUCAUAGGAUUGUAGAGUUGGAAGGGACCCCAAGGGUCAUCUAGUCCAACCCCCUGCAAUGCAGGAAUCUCAGCUGAAGCAUCCAUGACAGAUGGCCAUCCAACCUCUGUUUGAAAACCUCCAAGGAAGGAGAGUCACGCAGAGGUGAGUCAGGCUGGGGACGAGUCAAGGGUGUCUUCCCCUCCUGCUAAAACAAGCUCUCCCAUCCUGUUUCCCAGAACCAGAAGAGGUCUGAAAUGAGUGGAGCAGUGACCAGCUGCAUGCAGGCGCAGUCUCAGUUUGGGAAAAACCUUGGAAAGGAGGGGACUUAGACGGCUGUGGCGAGGUAGGGACUUUCUUGUCUUGGCAACUGAUUUCAUGCAGUAAGACCCAUGGGGAAUGGGCUGCUGUGCUCAUAAAGACCUGAUGCUCAUCUAAGUCUGUGAAGAUCAUGUUUUUGCUAAUAAAGAGUUAACUCCAACUUUCAGCGGAGUGAUUGACACUCGUACCUUGGAUCUCGAAUACCUUGGCUCCCGGACAAAUCGGCUCCCGAACGAUCGAAACCUGGAAGUGAGUGUUCUGGUUUUUGAAUGAUUUUUGAAAGCCGAAUGCCUGAUAGGGCUUCACUGGCUUCUGAUUGGUUGCAGGAACUUCCUGCAGCCAACCGGAAGCCACACUUUGGUUUUCCAAUGUUUUGGAAGUCAAACAGACUUCCGGAACGGAUUCCGUUUGACUUCCAAGGUACGACUGUACUGCUGGCUCACUAUUUGACAUUGUACUAGUUCCUAUAUACAGUGGCCCACUCUAUCGUCCAACCAGGCAAGGAAAAGACAUUAUCAGUGUUUGAGGGAGCAGUCUAGCCAGACCCGGAUGACUGCAUUCAGCCCCCGAUUUGAUUGAUUAGAUUUCUUUUCCGCUUUUAAUUCAAAUGAAUUCCAAAGCGGCUUACAAACAAUAAAUAGCAAUGGUUUGACAGCUCAUAAUAAGAGAACAUCACGAAUACCGAACAAAUCGUACAGAAUAAUUAACAUAUUGCAAGAGAAACAAUUGCAAUCUAUGAAACACUUAAUGAAGCAGCAACUAAAAAAUAAGCUAAACAUCACAAUUGAAGCAAAAGUCAUAUUAUACAGUGGUACCUCUGGUUAAGAACUUAAUUUGUUCUGGAGGCCCAUUCUUAACCUGAAACUGUUCUUGAUCUGAGGUACCACUUUAGCUAAUAGGGCCUCCCACUGCCGCUGCACGAUUUCGGUUCUCAUCCUGAAGCAAAGUUCUUAACCCGAGGUACUAUUUCUGGGUUAGCGGAGUCUGUAACCUGAAGCGUUUGUAACCCGAAGAGUUUGUAACCUGAGGUACCACUGUACGAUUAAAAAAAUACGGCAUGUACGAUUAAAAAAAUACGGCAUUUUUAAUCUAUAAAACAAUACAGUCAUACCUCAUGUUACGUUUGCUUCAUGUUAUGUUCUUUCAGGUUACGUCCCGUGGUGACCUGGAAGUACCGGAAAGGGUUACUUCCGGGUUUUGCCGCUCGCGCAUGCGCCGAAGCGCAAAAUGACAUCACGUGCAUGCGUAGAAGCAUCGAAUCACAACCCGCGCGUGUGCAGACGCGCCGCUGCAGGUUGCACUCUUUUCAUGUUGUGAACGGGCCCCCGGAAUGGAUCCCGUUCGCAACCAGAGGUACCGCUGUAUCAACAACAUUAGCAGAAUAGCAGCCAAAAGAUAAACCAAACAGUUUAUGCAUACAUUCUCCACAACCCGUGACUCAUAAUCUUUCACUCUGUUCAGCUAACCACAACAACAACAACAACAACAACAGUACCCUGUCCAUCUACAGUAACUGUCUGACUGGGAGCGGCCGCUGGGACCAUAUAACACCAGUCUUGAAAGACCUACACUGGCUCCCAGUAUGUUUCCGAGCACAAUUCAAAGUGUUGGUGCUGACCUUGAAAGCCCUAAACGGCCUCGGUCCAGUUAGACCUGAAGGAGCGUCUCCACCCCCAUCAUUCUGCCUGGACACUGAGGUCCAGCGCCGAGGGCCUUCUGGCGGUUCCCUCGCUAUGAGAAGCCAAGUUACAGGGAACCAGGCAGAGGGCCUUCUCGGUAGUGGCACCCGCCCUUCUGUCAGAUGUCAAAGAGAAAAACAACUACCUGACGUUUAGAAAACAUCUGAAGGCAACCCUGUUCAGGGAAGUUUUUAAUGUGUGACAUUUUGAUGUAUUUUUAAUUUUGGUUGGAAGUCUCCUAGAGUGGCUGGGGAAACCCAGCCAGAUGGGUGGUGUACAAAUAAAAAAUUAUUAUUAUUAUUAUUAUUAUUAUUAUUUUAUUGUUUUGUUGGAAGUCUCCCAGAGUGGCUGGGGAAACCCAGCCAGAUGGGCGGGGUAUAAAUAAUAAAUUAUUAUUAGUAGUAGUAGUAGUAGUAGUAGUAGUAGUAGUACACAUAAUGCUUAUAGCAGCAGCCAGCGUCUCCCUUCUGAAGCUUCCUUGGGCUGGAGUUGGGACAGCAGAAGUCCAAACCAACCACCACCUGAUGGCAAACAGGGUCUAUCUCAGGUCUUUCUCUGGAAACUGCUCCCCUGUGAAGGCUCCUAGGGCUGGAGGUGGGGGCAAGGCCAGCACAAAACCUCCCUCGCCUCUCCUGGAGCCUGAGGUUCUCAGUCCCAUUGGUCCGUACAGACCAGCAGCCACUCUCUGGAAUUUCUCUACCACUGAGCUACAGCCCUUCCCUGUCAACGGAUGCUCUUGGGAUAACUCUACUGCAGAUAUUUAGUUUCUGGGCCCAAUUAAUUCGAGGCUGUUAUGUACUGAAGUUCUCACCCCGGGCCAGCAGGGGGAUACUGUAGAUAGUUUUCACUCAGGUCCACAUAUGCAAAUAAGGAAUUGAAAGUGACGUUCAGUAAUUGGAUAGUUACAGAAAGUUGUUACUGUUGCGUUGUAGUGGAGCUCUAUACAAGCAGGCUGGCUGAAAGGCCUGGAAACGAUGCCUUAUGAGGAACGGCUAAGGGAGCUGGGCAUGUUUAGCCUGGAGAAGAGGAGGUUAAGGGGUGAUAUGAUAGCCAUGUUCAAAUAUAUAAAAGGAUGUCACAUAGAGGAGGGAGAAAGGUUGUUUUCUGCUGCUCCAGAGAAGCGGACACGGAGCAAUGGAUCCAAACUACAAGAAAGAAGAUUCCACCUAAACAUUAGGAAGAACUUCCUGACAGUAAGAGCUGUUCGACAGUGGAAUUUGCUGCCAAGGAGUGUGGUGGAGUCUCCUUCAUUGGAGGUCUUUAAGCAGAGGCUUGACAACCAUAUGUCAGGAGUGCUCUGAUGGUGUUUCCUGCUUGGCAGGGGGUUGGACUCGAUGGCCCUUAUGGUCUCUUCCAACUCUAUGAUUCUAUGAUUCUAUGAAACCUUCAGUUCAGUUCUGCCUGGCCUGUGAAUAAACAAGAGCUGUUUGAAGAAUCGCUGUGUCGUCUGAUAUGUUCACCCACAACUUAACAGAGGCCCUUCUUGGUUUGCCUCUUCCAUGAGAGGUCCAGAGGGUGGCAACACAAGACCCGGCCUUUUCUGUGGUGGCUCCCCACUUGCGCGAUGCUCUCCCCAGGGAGGCUCGCCUGGUGCCUUCAUUGCAUAUCAUUAGGUGUCAGACAAAACUGUUUUCUAUAGGCCUUUGGCUAAUUAAACAAUCUAUGACCUUUUAAACUGGGGUGAGGUGGAGGGUUAUUGCUUUGUUAUUAUUUUAUAUACCGUAUUUUUCGCUCCAUAAGAUGCACUUUUUUCUCCUAAAAAGUAAGGGGAAAUGUAUGUGCGUCUUAUGGAGCGAAUGUGUGGUCCCUGGAGCCAAAUUGCCCAGGGGCAAAAAGCAGAUUGUGCUUUUUUUUCUAGAAAGAGGGAAGUGGGUGUUGAAACAGAGCAGCUGAUAGGCAAGGGAUUGGGAGAUAGAUAAGGGACUCUAGAGAUAAAGGAGGCUGCCUGGGAGUGGGGAGGUAAAAGCACAUGGAUCCUCAGGAUUUCUGCAUUGGGCCACCCCAAAUUCACCAUCAGAUCACAUAGCAUGUCCAUGGCUACAGCCUGCACCAAAACACACAUGCAUCCACUGUUUUGUGGGGCCGCAAUGGCGCAAAAACAUGGUUACAAAGCACGGGUCCACAUGGAUUCUCAGGAUCUUUGCAUUGGGCUACCCCAAACUCACCAUCAAAUCACAUAUCCACAAAAAUCAUACAUCCACUGUUUUGUUCAGCAUAUUUUUUUUCUUGUUUUCCUCCUCUAAAAACUAGGUGCAUCUUAUGGUCAGGUGCGUCUUAUGUAGCGAAAAAUACGGUAAUUUUUUUUUUUUAAAUUAUAUUGCAAACCACCCAGUGAUCCUCAGAUGGAGAGUAGUAUAGACAUUUAAUAAAUCAACACAGAAAUAAUGUGGUUUUAUGCCAAAUCUUUGGAAAUCUUUGAAAUGGGGGGUGAGGGAGAUUCGAUCCAGUUUGGAUUUAAAGGCAAUCUUACCGAAGUGCCAAUUUCCAAAGCAAUCAGUGAACCAAAACACAGCCAUCCUUUAAAAUGUGUACUUACAUGAAUUGCGCAGCACGGUUAUCCAGCCAAGUAAGGUGUCCAAAAUCCAUAGGUAUUUAUAGCCGACUUGGAUGGAGGUGUUGAGGGGAUGCUCAUCAAAUUUUCAGGCGGCACCAAACUGGGAGGGGUAGCCAAUAACGCUGAAACAAAAUCGGGAUUCAAGAUGACCUUAACACAUUGGAGAACUGGGCUGAAACUAACCGAAAGAAUUUCAAUAGUGACAACUGUAAGGUUCUGCACUUAGCCAGGAAUAACUAGAUGGAGACAACAUAAAAAAACUCCUUCCAGUAGCACCUUAGAGACCAACUAAGUUUGUUAUUGGUAUGAGCUUUCAUGUGCAUGCACACUUCUUCAGAUAUGAAGAUGUAUCUUUUCUUCAGAGAUGCAUCUGAAGAAGUGUGCAUGCACACAAAAGCUCGUACCAAUAACAAACUUAGUUGGUCUCUAAGGUGCUACUAAAGGGACGCGGGUGGCGCUGUGGGUUAAACCACAGAGCCUAGGGCUUGCCAAUCAGAAGGUCGGCGGUUCGAAUCCCCGCGAUGGGGUGAGCUUCCGUUGCUCGGUCCCUGCUCCUGCCCACCUAGCAGUUCGAAAGCACGUCAAAGGGCAAGUAGAUAAAUAGGUACCGCUUCAGCGGGAAGGUAAACGGCGUUUCCGUGCGCUGCUCUGGUUCACCAGAAGCGGCUUAGUCAAACUGGCCACAUGACCCAGAAGCUAUACGCUGGCUCCAUCAGCCAGUAAAGUGAGAUGAGGACUGCAACCCCAGAGUUGUCCGCAACUGGACCUAAUGGUCAGGAGUCCCUUUACCUUUACUAAGGUGCUACUGGAAGGAAUUUUUUUAUUUUGUUUCGACUACAGCAGACCAACACGGCUACCUACCUAUAACUAGAUGGGGACGGUGGCAGAGGAAGGGAUUGCGGGGGUGUGUGGGCUGCCCCAGGUGUCAUCACUUGGGGGAGGGUUUGACAAAAUGACAAAAAGAUGAGUUUUUUUUAAAAAAAAUUGGGCUCACAAAACUUUUUACAGGUUACGAAUAGUUCUUACGAGCUCCACUAACCAGGAAGUAGCUGCUUCUGGUUGCGAACUUUGCCCCAGGAUGCUAACGGAAAUUGCAUGCCAGAGGCAGGCGCACGGCGGGAGGCCCCAUUAGCGAAAGCGCGCCUCAGGAUAGGAACGGUUUCAGCUUAAGAACGGACCACCGUAAUGAAUUAAGUUCAUAACCAGAGGUACCACUGUAGUUCAGCCAACAAACGCAAUGAAACGUGGCUACAGAAGUACUGUGUUUGGGGGACAGGAGGCGGGUGGGUGUGGAGGACUCCCUGGUCCUGAAUGGGGUAACUGUGCCCCUGAAGGACCAGGUGCGCAGCCUGGGAGUCAUUUUGGACUCACAGAUGUCCAUGGAGGCGCAGGUCAAUUCUGUGUCCAGAGCGGCUGUCUACCAGCUCCAUCUGGUAUUCAGGUUGAGACCCUACCUGCCCGCAGACUGUCUUGCCAGAGUGGUGCAUGCUCUAGUUAUCUCCCUCUUGGACUACUGCAGUGCGCUCUACAUGGGGCUACCUUUGAAGGUGACCCGGAAACUACAACUAAUCCAGAAUGCGGCAGAUAGACUGGUGACUGGGGGUGGCGGCCGAGACCACAUAACAUUAGUCCUGAAAGACCUACAUUGGCUCCCAGUAUGUUUCCGAGCACAAUUCAAAGUGUUGGUGCUGACCUUUAAAGCCCUAAACAGCCUCGGUCCAGUAUACCUGAAGGAGCGUCUCCACCCCCAUCAUUCUGCCCAGACGCUGAGGUCCGGUUCCGAGGGCCUUCUGGCAGUUUCCUCACUGUGAGAAGCCAAGUUAUAGGGAACCAGGCAGAGGGCCUUCUCGGUAGUGGCACCCGCCCUGUGGAAUGCCCUCCCACCAGAUGUCAAAGAGAAAAACGACUACCUGACAUUUAGAAAACAUCUGAAGGCAACCCUGUUCAGGGAAGUUUUUAAUGUGUGACAUUUUGAUGUAUUUUUAAUUUUGGUUGGAAGUCUCCUAGAGUGGCUGGGGAAACCCAGCCAGAUGGGUGGUGUACAAAUAAUAAAUUAUUAUUAUUAUUAUUAUUAUUAUUAUUAUUAUUAUUAUACCACCACUGGGCACCACACCAUGGGGGUCAGCACUUACCGCUGGGCCUUCAGCGUGCCCAAGCCACGCGUCUCUCCUGGAAGUGACGUGGUGGCUUGGGCACCUGGAGGCUCCGUGCUGCCUGGAACGGCAGUGUCAGGCUUGCAUCUGCCCAUCGCCUCUCUCUCAACCGCCCUACAGCUGAGGGGGGUGUGGUGGAGAGGCUCCACGUAGCGCACCCUGCCCCCAUGGGCAGCUCGCCCACCCUCCAGCUGCAGGACACACACGCUGCACCCGGCACCCGAGCGGCUAGCUACGCCGCUGGAUGGGAACACCUGGAUUGCUAGCAGCACAUAUGAAAAAGGAUCUAUAGGUCUUAGUACAGGGUCAGGUUUAAGGUGCUGGUUUUGACCUUUAAAGCCCUAUGCAGCCUAGGACCCACGUACCUACAGGACCGCCUCUCCUGGUAUGCCCCGCGAAAGACCUUAAGGUCCACAAAUAACAACACUUUGGAGGUCCCAAGCCUCAAGGAGGUUAGAUUGGCUUCAACUAGGGCUAGGGCCUUUUCAGUAGUGGCCCCAACGGGGGUGAAACGCUCUGUCACAAGAGACUAGGGCCCUGCAGGACUUGACAUGUUUCCGCAGGACCUGCAAGACAGAGCUGUUCCUCCUGGCCUUUGGUUUGGACUCAGUCUGACCCUUAUGUUUCCCUCCUCUUAUGGUCUUGAUUUAUCAGCUAUUUUAAAAAGAGGCUGCAUUUUAAAUUGCGUUUUGACCUGUAUUUUAAAUUGGGGGUCCCCCCCUCUCUCUCCCCCAUUAUGUUUUUACUGUGAUUUUAUUGGUGUUAGCCGCCCUGAGCCCGGCUCUGGCCGGGGAGGGCGGGGUAUAAAUAAAAUUUAUUAUUAUUAGUAGUAGUAGACCACAAGCUUAACAUGAGUCAACAGCGUGAUGCAGCAGCAAAAAAGGCAAAUGCUAUUCUAGGCUCCAGAUGAGGGAAGUCAUAGUCCCGCUCUAUUCUGCCUUGGUCAGACCACACCUGGAAUAUUGUGUCCAGUUCUGGGUGCAACAGCUUAAGAAGGAUUUUGACAAGCUGGAACGUGUGAAAUUAAAAGGUACACAGAUUGUUGAAAUAAAAAAAUAAGGGCUUUCUAAAUGAAAGUAGGACUUGCUCCCCCCGCCACUCCUAAUAUAGCCGGAAGAGGUCACUUGUGAAGCAAAAUGAGUGGCGUCUUAGCCAUGAUUACCUGUGACAGGCGUCGAAGCAUUAAGUACUUUAGCCUGACCCGGUAGGGCGGUUUACAGCUGAAGCAAGAUAAUGUCCUGCAGAACCUUUUAACCACAUGCGGAAGAAUAAGACUGACAGUGCAAUAAUCUGUGGGCGAAGGAGUUUCCCAGUGAUGAGGCAUAAAUUCACAGGUGGAGCUUAAUUCGGGGUUUCUGGGCUGGUUUGCAGUAACAGGUACACUGAAAUGCACAACAGCUUGCAAAGAGGAAGUUUUCACUGGGCAUUCAUUGCAUUUCUCUGGCACUAAUAAUAAUAAUAAUAAUAAUAAUAAUAAUAAUAAUAAUAAUUUAUACGCCACACAUCUGGCUGGGUUUCUCCAGCCACUCUGGGCGGCUUCCAACAAAUUAUUAAAAUACCGUAAUACAUCAAACAUUAAAAGCUUCCCUAAACAGGGCUGCCUUCAGAUGUCUUCUAAAAGUAUGGUAGUUGUUGUUCUCUUUGACAUCUGGUGGGAGGCUGUUCCACAGGCCGGGUGCCACCACCGAGAAGGCCCUCUGCCUGGUUCCCUGUAACUUGGCUUCUCGCAGGGAGGGAACUGCCAGAAGGCCCUCGGCGCUGGACCUCAGUGUCCGGGCAGAAUGAUGGGGGUGGGGACGCUUAAUAAUUUGCUAAAUGAUAAAGUCUGCAGCCCCACAACAACACCCCAAGGGUGGGGAACCUGUGGCCCAGAGAGCCAAAUGCGGCCCUCGAAAUCUCUUUAUAUGGCCCAUGGAACUCUUCCCAGGCCACACCCCCUCUCUCCUCAGGCCACACCCCUCACUGCCCCCCUUGCUUCCCGAAGUGGUUUUUCUUCCCUGGGGUGUCUCCUUGAGCUCUGAUAAUGCCUUUUGCAUGCCAGGCUGGAGGGCAGAAAGGGACGCGGGUGGCGCUGUGGGUUAAACCACAUAGCCUAGGGCUUGCCGAUCAGAAGGUCAGUGGUUCGAAUCCCCGUGACGGGGUGAGCUCCCGUUGCUCGGCCCCUGCUCCUGCCAACCUAGCAGUUCGAAAGCACGUCAAAGUGCAAGUAGAUAAAUAUGGACGUGUGUAUGGACGUGAGUGAAUGUUAGUGAAAAUACCACAAUGAAACACAUUAUAUGAGGAAGCAUGUCAUUGCAAAACUGUGUACGUUAGGUGAAAUUGCAUUCAAAAAUAUUGGGAGAAAUUUGCACCCCAAAUGUUGGCGCAUAGUUGGGCCGCACAUAUUUCCCUAGGAAGGGCAUUCCAAAGGUUUGGGGCCACAAAAAAGGGCCCCAUUCUGGCACCUGCCAUUUUAGCAGCUCUCGGUGUCUGGGGUCAUUAGAGGAAUUGUGACAGUUUUCGCCCUGGCAUUCCACCCCCCUUUCUCUGAGUGUGCCUUUUCCUUUCUACCUUAUAGGUUUUAGGGGAACAUAAAGUAUUGGGCCCAGGGGAUGAUGGUGGGACAGAAGGCAAGGAGCUGAACAGCAGGUGGCGCCAGAGGGCCAGUGACAGACAGAGCCAACUCUUUCUAAUUUGUCCCCAUCCCCUUCCUUCCUGCUGAGUUCUAAAGAGGCAACAUUGAGACUAAGCCAACAGGCAGUGCUGCCCUCUGGAAUAGCUUGUGGGUAAGAUGGCAAGCAGGUGAGAGAUGGCUGAGGACAGGUGGCCGUUGGUGGGGCAGUGCCCCAUUUACCUUUAUACCCGAAGAAGCGUCUCCACCCCCAUCAUUCUACCUGGACACUGAGGUCCAGCUCCAAGGGCCUUCUGACGGUUCCCUCCCUGCGAUAAUCCAAGUUACAGGGAACCAGGCAGAGGGCCUUCUCGGUAGUGGCACCCGCCCUGUGGAAUGCCCUCCCACCAGAUAUCAAAGAGAACAACAACUACCAGACUUUUAGAAGACAUCUGAAGGCAGCCCUGUUUAGGGAAGCUUUUAAUGUUUGAUGUAUUACGGUAUUUUAAUAUUUUGUUGGAAGCCACCCAGAGUGGCUGGGGAAGCCCAGCCAGAUGGGCGGGGUAUAAAUAAAUAAAUAAUAAUAAUAAUUACAAAGAAACCAGAGACGUAUCUCCUUGGAUUGAUAGAUGAAGAGAUACCACGGGGGGUGGGAAUAAUUUUUCUAUAUGCAAGUUCAGCUAGUAGAAUAGUGAUUGCUACUAGGUGGAAGUUACAAGCUAUACCCACAAAGGAGGAAUGGAUUUGUAAACUAAACGAAUAUUUAAUUUUCGCAGAAUUGACUGCUAUAAUAAGAAAUCAGUCGAAUCAAAAAUUAAAUGUUUUGAUGAGUUUUAUGGCAAAAUAUUGCUAAAAAAAAAGAUACGCUAAUAUGCCUAGAUUAAAAUGUGAAGUACUGGAUGGAAGAAAAAUUAGUAAGGAAAGAUAAUAAGAAUAUAUAGACGAUUUGAGGAGACUGUAGAAUGCGAAGACUAUUGUAAAUUGUAUAAUGGGAGGAAAUCAAGGGGGGGCGGAUGGAAGUGGGAGGAGGGAGAAAAGAAUAAUACGAUGGAUUGAGGAAAUAUAAAUGUAAAUGUAUGGGGAGGAAAUGGUGUUGGCAUAUCUGUAUUGUAAUGUGUGAAAACCUUAUAAAAAAAUGAUCAAGGGUCUGGAAACUAAGCCUGAUGAGGAACGGUUGAAGGAGCUGGGUAUGUUUAACCUGGGAAAGAGGCGACUGAGAGGAGAUAUGAGAGAUCUUCAAAUAUAUUAUGGGCUGUCACAUGGAGGAUGGAGCAAGCUUAUUUUCUCCUGCUCCACAGGGUAGGACCCAAACCAACGGAUUCAAGUUGCAAGAAAGAGAUUCAGGCUAAACAUCAGGAAGAACGUUCUACUAUUUGAUGGCAGAUCGGACUCCCUUGGGAAGUUGUGGACUAUAACCUAUGGCCUGUGAAAGUGUAGGGGAGUGGACUGUUAUUAUUAUUAUUAUUAUUAUUAUUAUUAUUUUACUAUUAGGCUGUCUGUCAGUAUGUUUUUACGAUGUUUUUAUCACUGAUGUUUGGUUAUGUGUUUCUAACAUUGUACACCGCCCUGAGAUUUUUUUUGCUCAGUGGCAGUACAUAAGCUAAAAACGGAUUAAAGCACACAUCAGUAGUCUACAAGCCUGGAUGGGCUUGCUUAAACAACAAUGUUUUUAGCAGGCGCUGGAAAGAAUUGAGUGAAGGUGCCCCACGAAUAUCACUAGGCAGGGAGUUCCAAAGGGCAGGCGAUGCCUUAUUAACAGAUCUGGACCUUCUGGAAGUGGUGAACAUGUCUCCUAAUGAGUGGGAUUUUUGGAUGAAGGGCAGCAUACAAGUUUAAUUCAUUAACAAUACUAAUAAUAACAGCAAUAUUUUCUACAAGCAAUUUUCAAUCGGAGAACCUGCAUCACGAAGAUUGCAGAAGGGCGAAUAUUGCAGGAUAACUGUGUUUUUGGUUCAGGAGGUGCAAAACAGGCUAGUUCUGCUCCCACCUUGAUCCUGUGUCCCUUAAAAACCCAAAUUCUGCAGUCAGAAUUAAAUAAAGAUCGAUUUCUUUUAUCUCGGGUAUAUUCAUUUCCUAUGAUCCAUGUAUUUUUUAAAAAAGUGCUUUAAAAAAAAGCACUUUUGCUAAAGGGGGAAAUGGCAUGGCGGCAGUUCCUCAUGACCGUGGGCCACUAUCAUGAGGUCUAGCAACCUGCAAUAUUUAUGAAAAGGAAAAGAAAGCAAGAGAUUUUCAAGAUGCCACGCACGUCAUGCCAGAUAUUAGAUACUAUUCCGCUGCAGAAGCUUUUGACUCAAUCAGGCAACCGACCAACAAACCCAUUAAGCGUCAGAAUUAGGAUUGCUGCCAACUUAAGCCACAGCACACAUGACUUGUUAACAGGGCUGCUCUGGAGUAAAUGUUCUGAGGAUCGAAGCCCUCUCCCCAUAGACCCCAACAGCCCAAAUUCUCAGAUAAAGUCCAGUUGCAGUUUGAUGUUUAGCAUCCUGACAAAUCUAAAACACAACUUGUUCUUGACUUACCAAGGUCACCCAAGUACAUCCCUUAGUUCUGAGCUCAGACCCAAAAUGGAGCCUUUCAUCUCUUCCCGAGAACAGUGUAGAAAAUCCACAGUUUCCAAAACAAAAAUUGCUUUCAAUCUGAAAAGGUUUCUACAGUUUCUUGAGGGAAGCCCAUUGUUUUCCCCAAGUCUGGCUGGAAGGAGUUUUACGGUGGUCCUGGACUCAACCUAUCCUUUCCCCUCCAGGAUCCUGGCUCCAUCCUGGGCUACGUGAGAGGAGGCCUGUUUCUCCAGAAAAGCGGGAAGAAAGUGGUAGGUCCCUCUAGCUGGGCAAUGGCCACUCUGAAUAGGAUUAGGAUGAGGAGAAAAGCUUCUUACAGGCCAGGCACCAUCUGCAAACUCAUGAGAGUAAUGAGGUUAUGGAGAUUAUUCGUAUCCUGGUGGUUGCGGCAGGUUGCGGGCCUCAAAAAAAAAAUGUACCGCCUUUUCUUUGCAAGAGUUAAGUCGUGAUCUUAAGUGUUUGGGCACAAUGGCUCUAUAUUGCCAUCACCUCCUGGCAAAUAGAAGGGGAAAAAAUGGAGGCAGUGAGAGAUUUUACUUUCUUGGGCUCCAUGAUCACUGCAGAUGGUGACAGCAGCCACGAAAUUAAAAGACGCCUGCUUCUUGGGAGAAAAGCAAUGACAAACCUAGACAGCAUCUUAAAAAGCAGAGAUAGCACCUUGCCGACAAAAGUCCGUAUAAUUAAAGCUAUGGUUCUCUCAGUAGUGGUGUAUGGAAGUGAGAGCUAGACCAUAAAGAAGGCUCUGAAGAACUGGUGCUUUUGAAUUCUGGUGCUGGAGGAGACUCUUGAGAGUCCCAUGGACUGCAAGAAGAUCAAACCUCUCCAUUCUGAAGGAAAUCAGCCCUGAGUGCUCACUGGAAGGACAGAUCCUGAAGCUGAGGCUCCAAUACUUUGGCCACCUCAUGAGAAAAGAAGACUCCCUGGAAAAGACCCUGAUGUUGGGAAAGAUGGAGGGCACAAGGAGAAGGGGACGACAGAGGACGAGAUGGUUGGACCGUGUUCUCGAAGCUACCAGCAUGAGUUUGACCAAACUGCGGGAGGCAGUGGAAGACAAGAGUGCCUGGCAUGCUCUGGUCCAUGGGGUCACGAAGAGUCGGACACGACUAAAGAACUAAACAACAACAACAGCAGCAGCAAGAGAUACAGUUGUACCUUGGUUUCCGAACAGCUUAGUUCUCAAACGUUUUGGCUCCCGGAUGCUGCAAACCUGGAAGUGACUGUUCCGGUUUGCAAACUAUUUUUGGAAGCCGAACGUCCGACGGGGUUUCCAUGGCUUCCGAUUGGCUGCGGGAGUUUCCCGCAGUCAAUCGGAAGCUGCGCUUUGGUUUCCGAACGUUUUGGAAGUUGAAUGAUCUUCUGGAACGGAUUCUGUCUGACUUCCAAAGUAUGACUGUACAGUAAUACCAAUGGCUGCGACUCACGAGAAUGGAAAGAUGUUUCAUUGGGUUAGCCUUAUAAUACGAACCUUACCAAUCCACACUUCCCAAAACAGUAUGCCAUCCAGAAUGCAGCUAUCUUGCAGACCAUGCACUUCUCUGGAUUAUCUUUUUUUUAAAAAAAAUAGUUUUCAUUUUAGAUUUCCUUGUAUAAUGAACAUUUUAUUCAUACAUACAUACAUACAUACCCCCCCAUCUGGCUGGGUUUUCCCAGCCACUCUGGGUGGCUCCCAACAGAAUAUUAAAAACACAAACAUCAAACAUUAAAAACUUUCCUAAACUGGGCUGCUUUCAGAUAUCAUCUAAAUGUCAGAUAGUUGCUUAUUUCCUUGACAUCUGAUGGGAGGGUGUUCCACAGGGUAGGUGCCACUACCGAGAAGGCCCUCUGCCUGGUUCCCUGUAGCUUCGCUUCUUGCAGUGAGGGAACCGCCAGAAGGCCUUCGGAGUGAGUGUUCUGUGGCUGGGAUGAAUGAUGGGGGUAGAGACGCUCCUUCAGGUAUAAUGUCUUCAGGGAAAGAAUACCUGAAAAUGCAUAUACUGGUGGAACUAAUGUAAAAUGCAUUGCAUUGGGGGUGAAUUGCUUGCAAAGUAUGUGUUUUAAGCACGAUUUUGUGCAAAGCCAUGUAUAUUAGAAGAAAUGUGCAGGAACUGUGAUAAGUUCAAGGCUCGUGUAUUAAUAUUCAAAGGCCUGGACACCCUGAGCUCAGGAUAACCGCCUGAGUCCUUGUAUCUCAGCAUGGUCACUAAGAUUACCUGGAGAAGUUCUGUUAGAUGUCCCAGGAGACUAGAUGAGGUGACUGCUCUCAAUGUAGAUCUUGAUUCCUCACCUGCAGUGGCAUAGCAUGGCUUGCUAGUGCCCGGGGCAAGGAAAGUAUUCCACACCCUAAGGCAAGCAUUGCACCCUUAACCGGUGCUUCCGGUAGGGGACACUGCAUGGCCAAGGGAUACAAGGGCCCACCCUCUACCAACUCCUGCUCAGUGUGCUCCUCAAGUGGGGUGGGUGGGACGGAGGCAGCAGCUGCAGAGGCACACCCCUAAUUUUCUUUUGCACCCGGGGCAAUCACCCCGGUAGUACCCCCCAUGUGGAAGAAGCUUCCUGGUGAAUAAUAGAAUGUCUCAUUCUCAUUGGAGAAAUGUUGGAGGGUAUGCGCCAUAUAAUAUAACAAUAUAAUAUAACAAUAAUAUUCUUGCAAUAACAACUUGUUAUUGUUGUUGUUGUUGUUAUUAUUAUUAUUAUUAUUAUUAUUAUUAUUAUUAUUAUUAAUACCCCACCCAUCUUGCUGGGCUUCCCAGCCACUCUGGGCGGCUCCCAACAGACUAUUAAAAACAUGAUAAAACAUCAUACUUUAAAAUUUUGUUGCACCAGCAACAAAUAUACACAGAGAGAGUUAUUCUCUUGGAUUUACUGCAAGAAUAUUGGACUGUUUGGUUUUGAGAUGUUGAGUUGUGUCUGUUAUUAUUAUUAUUUUGGCCUUGUAAAUAUCAUUUCAGACUCUAAGUCAUAGAAGGUGUUGAAUUUUUGUACAUUUCCCUGGACAUUGCCGGGAUAUCUAAGGCAGCAUUGACAUCCGAGGUGCUUUGUCCUGGAUCUUAGGAAAGUCAAUCGAAAAUUUGUGGGGGGGGGGUGUGGCUUGUCCAAAAAUAGCAAAGCUCAACAACUUUUGGGACGUCCUGGUUUUUACUUUAAAAACUCUUUUAAACCAUGUACAGUGGUACAUUGGGUUAAGUACUUAAUUCGUUCCGGAGGUCCGUUCUUAACCUGAAACUGUUCUUAACCUGAAGCACCAGUUUAGCUAAUGGGGCUUCCUGCUGCUGCCGCGCCGCCGGAGCACGAUUUCUGUUCUCAUCCUGAAGCAAAGUUCUUAACCUGAAGCACUAUUUCGGGGUUAGCAGAGUCUGUAACCUGAAGCGUACGUAACCUGAAGCAUAUGUAACCCGAGGUACCCCUGUACAGAAUUAUUUAGCUUGUGAUAUUCUUCACUAACCCGGGCAAAUGAAGAGUCCCGAGGUCGUCAUGUUUGGGGGGAAAGAACUGUAGCUCAGUGGUAGAACAAGGAAAGCUUCUGGUUCAGUAAACGAUGCUGCUAGGAGUGUCAUCUAAAAACCUGGAAAGGCUCUGCUGGCCAGUGUAGGUGAUACAGAGACAAAUUGGCCUGACUCUGUACACGGCAAAGUUACUUGGGAGUGCAUUUGACAAUGGCCCCACAGCUGUGCCAGAGCGAUCUGUAUCCCCUGGGCCUCUUCCUUGUCUGUAAUAAUCAGCAACCUUAAUCUGAAAUCCUGAUUAUCCUGGAGGUUUUAGGCCUCCAGCACGUAGCAUUCUUCUGCCCUGAAGUUUAUGCAAGCAGAAGGGCUUCUAAGACCGGGAGGAGAGAAGGUACCCAGAUCUCUCUGUUUGCCUUUCCGGUGCCCCUUGGGCAUGGCUGACACUAUCGCAGGGUUUCAUCGCCGUCAUCGUAGAAUGGUAGAGUUGGAAGGGACCUGCAAUGGUCAUUUAGUCCAGCCCCUGCAAUGCAGCAAUCUCAACUAGAUGGCCACCCAAUGUCUGCUUAAAAACCUCCAUCAUCUUCAAAACGUGCCAGGUGAUAUUGGCUCCAGCUCUACAAAGUGAGGACAUCCUUUUUUCCCAGUGAAUUUUUUUUAAAAGGGAAAAAGCAAACGCAGAUCAUGCUUGCUUUUAUAUUUUAAAAAGAAAAUGAUAGUUGGCUGUAUUUAUUUAUCUAUUUAUUUAUUAUCCAAGAAAAGCAUUUAUUUAUCUAUUAUUUAUUAUCUAAGAAAAGCAAUGACAGACCUAGACAGCAUCUUAAAAAGCAGAGAUAUCACCUUGCCGACAGAAGUCCGUAUAAUUAAAGCUAUGUUUUUCCCAGUAGUGAUGUAUGGAAGUGAGAGCUGGACCAUAAAGAAGGCUGAUCACCGAAGAAUUGAUGCUUUUGAAUUCUGGUGCUGGAGGAGACUCUUGAGAGUCCCAUGGACUGCAAGAAGAUCAACCCUAUCCAUUCUGAAGGAAAUCAGCCCUGAGUGCUCACUGAAAGGACAGAUCCUGAAGCUGAGGCUCCAGUACUUUGGCCACCUCAUUAGAAGAGAAGACUCCCUGGAAAAGACCCUGAUGUUGGGAAAGAUGGAGGGCACAAGGAGAAGGGGACAAUAGAGGACGAGAUGGUGGGACAGUGUUCUCGAAGCUACCAGCAUGAGUUUGACCAAACUGCGGGAGGCAGUGGAAGACAGGAGUGCCUGGCGUGCUCUGGUCCAGGGGGGUCACGAAGAGUCGGACACGACUAAACAACAACAACAACAUUUAUCUAUUGCAUCUACACACCACAUUUUCCUCCAAGGAGCUCCAGCGGUUCUCCUGUUCCCCAGUUAAUUCCAAUAACAAACUUGUUAUUGUCAGGUGAUGCUGAGAAUCAGUGGCCCAUGGCUGAGCGAGGAUUUGAACCCAGGUCUCUCCCAGCUCCUAGCCCAGCACUCUAACCACUGCACCACGCUGUCUCUCCAAAGUGCAUGUCGUCCUUUUAGAGCUCAAAGCACUUUAUCUCCGAAUCCUUAUGAAAGCCAGGAAUGCUAAGAAAGUCAAUAUUAUUGCCCCUUAUAUCGCAGUUGAGGGCUUUGCAAAGGCUAAGACGACCUCUCUUUCCUGACAUGAUAGCUUGGGGCUGUUUUUUUCUUUUCUUUUUAAUGGGGGAACGCUCAUUCAUCUGAGCCCCUGAGUGGUACGUCGAGACACAGGCCAAACCCUCUCACUGAGGACUAGGGCCUUGGGCCUGUCCACACCAGAGCAAAAUGUAGACCCUAUUCCAGGGUCUUUUCUGCCUUUAAAUGCAGGUUAUUUGGGGCUUGUAUGUGUUUACACUAGCCUUUUGGGGACAUUCCAAACAUGAAAAAGACCCCUGCAUUCAAAUGGGGGAUAGCUCAGUUGGCAGAGCGUGAGACUCUUGAUCUCAGGUGAAAUAUACUCAGAGUCGAGUGUGGAUUUCAUGCUAUUUAUUCAGCUCAUAGUAGUGAGGAAUGAAAGUUCCCCCAACAUAUCUGCUUUAUAUCCAUUAUUUACACAAUGGGCCGCACAUGAUUGGCUAAUUCCGGGAUUCUCCUGUAGGCCAAUCAGGUUGCGGAUUUACUUCCACCUGAAGCUGGAUUUGGUGGCUCCUGCGGACCAAUCAGACUGCUGCAUUCUGAAUCCUAUUGUUCUAGGACCAAUCAGACUGCUGCAUUUUGGAUCCUAUUCAACUCAGUACAUAACAUCAGGGUUGUGAAUUUGAGUCCCACGUUGGAUGAAAGAUUCCUGCAUUGCAGGGGGUUGGGCUAGAUGAUGAAGAAGAAGAGUUUGGAUUUGAUAUCCCGCUUUAUCACUACCCAAAGGAGUCUCAAAGCGGCUAACAUUCUCCUUUCCCUUCCUCUCCCACAACAAACACUCUGUGAGGUGAGUGGGGCUGAGAGACUUCAGAGAAGUGUGACUGGCCCAAGGUCACCCAGCAGCUGCAUGUGGAGGAGCGGGGAAGCGAACCAAGUUCACCAGAUUAUGAGUCCACCACUCUUAACCACUACACCACACUGGCUCCUUGUGGUCCCUUUCAACUCUAUGGUUCUAUGGGUCUAUGAAGUAUGGGGCAUCACUGGGGAGGAUGUAAUGGACAGUGAGGCAGUCUAGUACAAAUCCACAUUUUGGUCCAGUGUGGACAAGCCCUAGUGUUGCUCUUCCAAGAGAAAAAACACACCAUUCCAGUUCAUUGGGAAAGGUGCAACAACAACAACAACAAAAAUGAGGGAAAUGGGCAAAAAAAAUGAGAGGCACAAAUACAAGAUGGGUGACACCUGGCUUGAGAGCAGUACAUGUGAAAAGGAUCUAGGAGUCUUGGUUGACCACAAACUUGACAUGAGCCAACAGUGUGACGCGGCAGCUAAAAAAGCCAAUGCAAUUCUGGGCCUCAUCAAUAGGAGUAUAGCAUCUAGAUCAAGGGAAGUAAUAGUGCCACUGUAUUCUGCUCUGGUCAGACCUCACCUGGAGUACUGUGUCCAGUUCUGGGCACCACAGUUCAAGAAGGACACUGACAAACUGGAACGUGUCCAGAGGAGGGCAACCAAAAUGGUCAAAGGCCUGGAAACGAUGCCUUAUGAGAAACGGCUAAGGGAGCUGGGCAUGUUUAGCCUGGAGAAGAGGAGGUUAAGGGGUGAUAUGAUAGCCAUGUUCAAAGAUAUAAAAGGAUGUCACAUAGAGGAGGGAGAAAGGUUGUUUUCUGCUGCUCCAGAGAAGCGGACACGGAGCAAUGGAUCCAAACUACAAGAAAGAAGAUUCCACCUAAACAUUAGGAAGAACUUCCUGACAGUAAGAGCUGUUCGACAGUGGAAUUUGCUGCCACGGAGUGUGGUGGAGUCUCCUUCUUUGGAGGUCUUUAAGCAGAGGCUUGACAACCAUAUGUCAGGAGUGCUCUGAUGGUGUUUCCUGCUUGGCAGGGGGUUGGACUCGAUGGCCCUUGUGGUCUCUUCCAACUCUAUGAUUCUAUGAUUCUAACAACAACAAUUUUAUUACUUAUAGCCCACCCAUCUGGUUGGGCUGCCCCAACCACUCUAUUCCAACACACACAUAAAAACAUCAAACAUUAAAAACUUCCCGAAAAAGGGGGCUGCCUUCAGAUGUCUUCUAAAAGUUGCGCAGUUAUUUAUCUCCUUGACAUCCGUUGGGAGGGCGUUCCGUAGGGUGGGUGCCACUACCGAGAAGGCCCAACAGUUUUACGAGAACCAUAGUGAAAACCUCGUGCUCAGCCGUGUCCGUGUGAAUUCAUCUUCCUUGCAGACAGAGGGUUGUUUGGGGCUUUCAGAAAACCAGCCGAAUGUCUGUUUUCCAAAGGCGAGCUGCAGAAUGGCACCCUUGGCAAGACUUUAAAUCCUAGACCCUUCCCCAAAUCGCCAAGGGUUGCUGGCUGACACUUUUGUUUGAGGCUGCCUUUGUUUUCCCCCUUGCUGAGGUUUCACCUGAAGCUGCCCGAUCUGGAACGGUGAGCGUCUAACAGAACCUUUCCUUUUCCCUAUUCAUUCCAUGGUUGUGCAUCACAAGCCAGCGUCUCCUAGCAACCAGUCCCAGGAAGGAUGGCCAAAUUAUCAGCAGAGGGUGUCGAAGAAGUCUUCCAGCUGCCGGUAAAUAAAAAGGGAAGCAAGGUAGAGGCUGAGCUUUGCGGACGGGGGUGGAGGGGGUGGAGGCCGUCGCCCUGAAAUGCAACACACAAAAGGCUUGCCAAGUUUCACUUUCUCAGGAACCAGAAUAUAAAGACGAGGCGGAUUAAUUUUGGGAAGAAAAACAUUACCCGGCAGAUUUGCAUGCGGACACCUUUGUGCUGGGAGAGUCACAGCUCAGCGGUAGAGCUUGUGUUUUGUAUGUAAAAAAUCCCAUGUCUGAUUUCUGACAGGGCUGGGAGAGUCAGACUCCUUGCCUCAAGCCCUGGAGAGCUGCUGCCAGCCAGUGUGGACAAUACUGAACUAGAUGGAACAGAGAUCUGUCUCAGCUUUCUGCGACAAUUCAAGUUUUGGAACUGAGUAUUCAGGGUCAGGGCCGGAUUUAGGUUUGAUGGGGCCCUAAGCUACUGAAGGUAGUGAGGCCCUUUAUAUGUCCAGCUGUCCUUUGUCAAUUCUAGUUUUUGUGUUGAAUAUAUGCUAAUUUAUGGACCUAACAGGUAUCUCAACCCAUUUGCGCAUGUUGCCAUGCAACCAGUCCAUGCAGAAUGUAGGCGCCCUAUAUAUAGAAAGGAGCAAACCAGUGGUAUUUUAGGGAGCAGGCUAGCAGGUGGGGCCCAUGACUUACAUCAUAGGAGCCUACACAACACAAAACACUGUUGCUGUAUGUAGGUUUUAUUUUAUUUGUUUUUUAUCUUAUAUUUUGGAAAUGUGCAUCCAGUUUUUUCCCCCUUUAAUUUUUUUGUGGCCCCCAAGAGAGUGGGGCCCUAAGCUAUAGCUUGAUUAGCUUAUACAGUACGUAAAUUCGGCACUGUUCGGGGUCAACCAUUUGAUAUCUUCAGUUGGGAAUGAUUUUUUUCAGAUUUGGUCGGAUAUGCGAAUGUUGUGUAUAGUUUUGGUAUGUAUGUGGUUGAGACAGAGGGGAGAAAGGUCAAAUUCUGACAACAUAGUGCUCGGGGAAAUAAAAAAUGACAUGGCGGGAAUCUUCUGAUAUGAAGAUUGCAUUUGUUUGCUUAUUUAUUCGGUUCACAAGCUGCCCUAUAACACCUGCUCUCUGGGCAGCAUGUAAGAGAAAAUGACAAUCAAGUUAGAAGUCACUGUUACAGGAAAUACAUUCAUAAAGGGCAAAGCCACACCUCCUUAAUAAAGAACAUCCACUUUCUCGUUGAGUUAUGGUAUCUGAGGGCUCAUUGGUGUAUAUCUAUUGGUGAUUAGCUUUUAACGAAAUCUAUUUUGGUGUCGUCAGUGAUCUGCAGCUGAUAUCCACUCAGGCAUAAAUAAAAUAAUAAACCAAUGAGCUGGUAGAUUCCCAGGAAAUGUGUUGCCGAAUGCCACAAAGUCUCCUGCUCCUGUAACCCUCCUCCAAGUGCUGUAAAAAUGAGAGACACAGUUUCCUUAAAAUACUGCUUCCUUUGGAGGGGUCUUCACGUGCAAACGUUUUUGAUAAGGCUUUGAGUUGGCUUGUGGAAAUCUGAGUUUCAGAAGCGAAAGGGUGUGAAUUUCUGGCUUUGGGAAGGAAAACAAAUUGCUUAUUUGACAUAAUAGUAAUAGUACCUUUAUUGUCAAUGUACACAACCUGCGUACAAUGAAAUUAACCAAGCCGCCCUCCCCUCAAACACUCAAUCUCAUUGCGCUCUGUGUGUUUGUCGCACAACACACCAACCCUGAAAGUCAGUUGCACUAUAUUAUUUUCCGUUCAACAGCCUAACAGCCCACGGAUAGAAACUGUUUUUUAGCCUGUUGGUACGACUGAUUAUACUUCUAUAUCUCCUGCCCGAGGGAAGAAGAUUAAAGAGGUGCUGGCCGGGGUGUGAAUCGUCCCUGAGAAUUUUUGUCGCUCUCCUAAGGCAAUGAUCUCUUGUGAUGUCAUGUAGUGGGCUCAGGGGACAACCCAUUAUUAUUAUUAUUAUUAUUAUUAUUAUUAUUAAUAAUAAUACCCUGCCCAUUUGGCUAGGUGUCCCCAGCCACUCUGGGCGGCUUCCAAAAGAAUUUUAAAAACACAACGAAACAUCAAACAUUAAAAACUUCCCCUUCAGUUGCCUUCUAAAAGUCAGAUAGUAUUUAUUUCCUUGACAUCUAAAGGGAAGGUGUUCCACAGGGCAGGCGCCACCACCGAGAAGGCCCUCUGCCUGGUUCCCUGUAACUUGGCUUCUCGCAGAGGAGGGAACCGCCAGAAGGCCCACGGCGCUGGACCUCAGUGUCUGGGUAGAACGAUGGGGGUGGAGACGCUCCUUCAGAUAUACUGGACCGAAGCCGUUUAGGGCUUUAAAGGUCAGCACCAACACUUUGAAUUGUGCUCGGAAACGUACUGGGAGCCAGUGUAGGUCUUUCAAGACCGGUGUUAUGUGGUCUCGGCAGCUGCUCCCAGUCACCCGUCUAGCUGCCGCAUUCUGGAUUAGUUGUAGUUUCUGAGUCACCUUCAAAGGUAGCCCCACGUAGAGCGCAUUGCAGUAGUCCCAGUUGGAGAUAACCAGAGCAUGCACCACUCUGGCGAGACAGUCCGCAGGGAGGUAGGGUCUCAUCCUGCAUACCAGAUGGAGCUGAUAAACAGCUGCCCUGGACACAGAAUUGACCUGCGCCUCCAUGGACAGCUGUAUACUCAUUGAGCUAUCUAUUAUGACCCCAAGGUCUUAUUCCUGGUCCAUCACUGCCAGUAACAAACCCAUGAACAUAUGUGCGAAAUUAAAAAACAACAACCCACCUUUGCCUGCUUGUGUUUCUCAGCAAAAUUUUUCAGCUCAAGGUGAACCAAAGAGAGCCAGCGGUAUUAGCUGUGCUCAUAACAAGGCCUCUUAAAUGAAGGGCAUAAUUAACUGAGUCUUUAGGUGAAUUAGCUUGAAUACAGGGCAGAUCGCAGCAGGAGUCUUUCGUAUGCUGCUAAUCUCUCUCCACAGCCCUUGGCAUCAGGACUUUUGCACCCUUAUUCCCAUUUCGAUUCCUGCUUUCAGAAAACCCACAGUCUCUCUCUCACACACAUAUACACAACCUUUGCUAAAAUGGAACCAUCCAGUUGAUUCGGACUACAACUCCCAUCAGCACCAGCCUGCCUCCUGAGGAGAGUGUUUCAUCGGCAGAAAAUCUUGCCCAUGUUCCAGCAACUGAUGCAGAACAGCAGAUGUGGCUAAUGAUAGCUCAGUGGGGGGGUGAAUCCAAUUGAACAUAGACCCUAUGUUGUUUAGUCGUUUAGUCGUGUCCGACUCUUUGUGACCCCCUGGACCAGAGCACGCCGGGCACUCCUGUCUUCCACUGCCUCCCGCAGUUUGGUCAAACUCAUGCUGGUAGCUUCGAGAACACUGUCCCACCAUCUCGUCCUCUGUCGUCCCCUUCUCCUUGUGCCCUCCAUCUUUCCCAACAUCAGGGUCUUUUCCAGGAGUCUUCUCUUCUCAUGUGGUGGCCAAAGUCUUGGAGCCUCAGCUUCAGGAUCUGUCCUUCCAGUGAGCACUCAGGGCUGAUUUCCUUCAGAAUGGAGAGGUUUGAUCUUCUUGCAGUCCAUGGGACUCUCAAGAGUCUCCUCCAGCACCAGAAUUCAAAAGCAUCCAUUCUUCGGCGAUCAGCCUUCUUUAUGGUCCAGCUCUCACUUCCAUACAUCACUACUGGGAAAACCAUAGCUUUAACUAUACGGACCUUUGUUGGCAAGCUGAUGUCUCUGCUUUUUAAGAUGCUGUCUAGAAUCAUAGAAUCUUAGACCUUGAAGGGACCCCAUGGGUCAUCUAGACCAACCCCCUGCAUUGCAGGAAUCUCAGCAAAAGCAUCCAUGGUAGAUGGCCACCCAAGCUCUGCUUAAAUCCCUCUAAGGAAGGAGAGUCCAUAACCUCUUGAGAGAGAGAGUGUUCCACUGUCAAACAGCUCUUACCGUCAGAAAGUUGUUAUAAUAAUAAUAAUAAUAAUAAUAUUUUUUUAAUUUAUAUCCCACCCUCCCCAGCCAGAGCCGGGCUCAGAGCGGCUAACAACAAUAAAAGUAACACAGUUUACAUGAAAUCACAAUCAAUUAAUUGAAAUACAUUCUAAAAUUGAUUCAUUCUAAAAUCAAUUCAGAAUCAAAUUAAUGGCAACCAUUGGGCUAGAGUUCUAUGAGGAUUACCAAAGGAGGGGGUCAGACUGUGCCUUGGCCAAAGGCCUGGUGGAACAGCUCUGUCUUGCAGGCCCUGAGGAAAGAUGUCAAGUCCCGCAGGGCCCUAGUCUCUUGUGACAGAGCGUUCCACCAGAUUGGGGCCACAGCCGAAAAAGCCCUGGCUCUGGUUGAGGCCAGCCUAACCUCCCUGUGGCCCGGGACCUUCAAGACAUUUUUGUUUGAAGACCGUAAAGUCCUCUGUGGGACAUACCAGGAGAGGUGGUCUCGUAGGUACGAGGGUCCUAGGCUGUAUAGGGCUUUAAAGGUUAAAACCAGCACCUUAAACCUGAUCCUGUACUCCACCGGGAGCCAGUGCAGCUGGUAUAGCCCCAGGUGAGUGUGACCCUGUGGCGAGGACCCCAUAAAAAGUCUCGCCGCGGCAUUCUGCACCAGCUGGAGUUUCUGGGUCAGUCUCAAGGGCAGCCCCACGUAGAGCAAGUUACAAUAAACAAGUCUGGAGGUGACCAUCGCGUGGAUCACAGUGGCUAGGUCAGGGCGAGAGAGGUAAGGAGCCAACUGCUUAGCUUGGCAGAGAUGGAAAAAUGCCGCCUUUGUUAUAGCUGCAAUCUGCGCCUCCAUGGAUGUUUAUGUUUAGUCGGAAUCUCCUUUCUCGUAACCUGAAUCCAUUGGUUUAGGUCCUACCCUCCAGAGCAGGGGAAACCAUGCUUGCUCCAUCUUCCAUGCACUUUAGAUAUUUGAAGAUGGCUCUUCUCUCUCCUCUCAAUCUCCUCUUUUCCAGGCUAAACAUACCCAGCUCCUUCAACCACUCCUCAUCAGGCUUGGUUUCCUUUAUUAAUAUAAUAUAUAUUUUUAAUUUUAACAUAUAAAUUAUAAAAUGGACCACAAAACUUUUCACUUAUACAAUCUUUUUGGACUUCCAUCAGCACCUCUGAUGAUCCACCGUUUUAACCACUUCUUAUGCAUUUCUUAACUUUAUAUUGCCUUUACAUCUCUUAACAAAUCAUCCUCCCCCUUGUGCAUUUUUACAAUACUUCUAAUAAUACCCCUCACAAAACUUCUUGCAACCCUACAAUUGUCAUCUGUUCUUCACAAUUACUUUUCAAAUAGUAAAUAGUAAAUUUACUCCAGUCUUCCGUGAAUUUCUGGUCUCUCCGGUUUCGAAUCCUUCCUGUUAGUUUAUCUAAUUCUGCAUAGUCCAUUAACUUCAUUCUCCAUUCUUCAAUCGACGGUAACUCUUCUUGCUUCCAUUUUUGGGCCAAUAAUAUUCUUGCGGCUGUUAUUGCAUAUAAAAAGAGCUUACAUUCCUUUCUAUUUAUAUCACUCCCCACAAUGCCCAAUAGAAAUGCUUCUGGUUUCUUUAUAAAUGUAUAUUUCAACAUUUUUUUCAACUCAUUAUAUAUCAUCUCCCAGAAGCAUUUCACCUUUUUACAUUCCCACCACAUGUGAUAAAAUGUUCCCUCUUUUUCUUUACAUUUCCAACAUUUAUUACUGACUUUAUACAUUUUCGCAGGUGUAAUAUACCAUCUAUACAUCAUUUUCAUCACAUUUUCUUUUAGGGCAUUGCAUGCAGUAAAUUUUAAACCUUCCUUCCAUAAUUUCACCCAAUCACUCAGCUGUAUAUUAUACCCAAAAUCUUUGGCCCAGUCAUCAGGCUUGGUUUCCAGACCCUUGAUCAUCUUGCCCUCCUCUGCGCACCUUCCAGCUUGUCCAGUUGUGGUACCCACAACUGGACACAGUUUUCCAGGAGUGGUCUGACCAAGGCUUCUUAAAAUGUGAGGCUUGAACCCUGAAACUUCUGUAUUCGGAGCAUGCAAUGUGUUGCAGCUCUGAACUGUGGUUGUUAGCCCAUAAGGGGUGGCAAAAGCCUGGGAUUGUUCCCCCUUUUGUCAAGAGAUCAUCAUCAUUGUUAAUUUGUUAAUCACUUCCUACACAAUCAGCUCAAUGCGAUGGACAAGAAAAACAGCAAAGUAACAGCUGAAAACACUAAAAAGGAGGCCAUACGUUUCAAACAAAACUAAAACAAUUCAAAACAGGCACUCAAAAUAUGUAAACUGCUUAGUUAUUUCUCUUGAAAUGUGAAUUAAGUAGUUGAUUCAUAUAUCAAUCAGUCAAUCAUCACAAAAUCGACAUACCGCUUGAUUGUAAAAAAAAACAACUAAGCCUCUCAAAGCGGUUUACAAAAAAGAUAAAACAGUAAAUAGGAAAGUUAACAGGAAUUAUUUAAGACUUUUAAUGAAAAGUUAAAAUGACUAUAGGCUACAAACAGGUUUAACCUCGCAACAGCUUUCUAAGCACUUAGGUAGGCUAGGCCUGAACAGAAAUGUUUUCAGCAAGCCUCAAAAACAGCACAAGGAAGGCGUUUGCCUGGUAUCAAUAGGCAGGGAGUUCCAUAGGUACUGCCACCCAAACAUAUCUGAGUUCUUACAUAUGCGGAACAGGCAGCACGUGGCACCUGUCUUGCCGCCAGUUCCACCGAACGAUGGGGUCAAGCAGUCACACGUGGGGGAAGGCAAUUUCGUAGGCAGGCGGGUAAAAUAUCGCGGAGGGUUUCUGGGCAUGGGGCAGGUGGGUGUUUGGAAUAACAGGCCUCAAUGCGUCACUCACAUUUCUUCCUCCUUCAUCCCAUCCUCUCCAUCAGCAGAAAACGGGCCGCCAGCACCUGAGGGAUUUGCUGGGCUGGGAUGAGUUUGACGAGGUCCGGGAUCUGCGGCGAAGCAUCUCUCUUGACAUCCAUUACCGCAGCCUGGUGUUCGCCACUGAGAAAGGCUUGUCGUGGGUUGCUGUGGCAGAAGUGGGAAGGCUGGCGGGGGAGCUGCUGGAAGAAACCAUAGGUGAGUCAAGGAGAAUUUCACUUUGCUAACUUAUUUAUUUACAGUGGUACCUUGGUUCUCAAACGCCUUGGUUCUCAAAUUCCAAAAACCCGGAAGUAAAUGUUCCAGUUUUCGAACGAUUUUUGGAAGCCGAACGUCCGAUGCAGCUGUUGGCUAUUGUUUCCGGGGCGUCAGUCAGAAGCUGCGCCUUAGCUUUUGAACAUUUCGGAAGUCAAACGGACUUCCGGCAUGGAUUAAGUUUGGCGCUUUUGUUUUUGCUAUUUAUUUUGCGUUUUUUGUUUCUGAGGCUUUUUCGGUUCAUUUGUUUUUGUGACUGUGUGGAACCCAGUUCAGCUACUGACUGAUGGAUCGUGUGACUGCAAAAAUGGAUAAAAGCCCCCCAUCCAAACAAUGACUAUCAUCAGUGCAGGGAAGAAGAAAAAAAAUAAAUUUUAAUUUUCAUCAUCUACAAUACUAUCUUAUUUCUUUUAUAAUACAGUACAUUGAUUGUUGGUUUCAUUUUAUGGAUCAAUGGUUUCGAUAGAUAGUAAAAUCCAUGUUAAAUUUUGGGGGUUGUUUUUAAAAGUCUGGAAUGGAUUAAUUCGUUUUGCGUUACUUUCUAUGGGAAAGCACGCUUUGGUUUUGGAACCGACUUCCAGAAUGGAUUAAGUUUGAGAACCAAGGUACCUCUUGUAUUUUCAUGAUCUGUAUGUUUCCAUAGAUCUCAUAACUCUCUCUCUCUCUGUGUGUGUCCUACUUUGAUUCCUGUAAUCCAAAUAUUGAAUCCUGCGAUCAUUGCCUGAGGCCCUUUUUCGUGUGCCUCCUCCACAAAAGGCCCAGAGGGUGGCAGCAUGAGAACAGGGCCUUUUCUGUGGUGGCUCCCCUGGUUUGAGGAAUGCUCUCUCCAGAGAGGCUUGCCUGGCACCUUCGUUACAUAUCUUAAGGCAUUGGGAGGAAAUGUUUCUCUUUGGCUGCUUAACAUUCUACGGUCUUUAAUAGUGUUUAUUGGUCAUUGGUUUGUUUUUGUUUCAUUCGGUAUUUUGUGUUUUCGUUUUGUGUUUUUAUGCUGUGAACUGCCUAGUGAUUGGUAUACCAAUUUAAUAAAUAUAAUAUUAGUAGUAACAACAACAACAACCUGCUCUACAUGGGGCUGCCUUUGGCAAGUGCUCAGAAACUUCAACUUGCUCAAAGAGCUGGAGAAAAAUUGCUGACCAGGGCUGGUUAUCGGGAGCAGAUCGUUCCAAGAAGCUCCACUAGCUACUAGCCUGGUUUGGGGGCACAUUUCAAAGUGCUGGUUAAGAACUAUAAAGUUCUACACAGUUGAGGUCCAAGCUAUCUGCAGGACCAUAUUCCCUCACACAUAAUUCCCUGGACCCCAAGAUCUUAGGGGGGAGCCCUUCUCUCGGUCCCACCAACCUCACUGGCCUGCUUGUUGGGGACGCAGGAGAGUGCCUUCUCGGUGGUUGCUCCCGAACUACUUUGGAACUCUCUCCCUAGAGAAGCCAGACUGGCUCCCUCUUUGCUGCUUCCUUGUCCUUUCUGCUUCCUUGUCCUUGACAAGGACAACUGUGACUUUAAAGAAGAAUGGGAACCUUUUACAAAGUGCUUAAAGAAACAACCAGCUGAACUGGACUCCUUGGCAGGUUUUGAAUAAACAUACACAAAUUUAUUAUUGGUAACAUAUAGAUAGAUAAAUUAAGGAUCUUUACAAUUUUAUUAUAUGCAGAGAUUAACAUGUGCUGAAAAACCAGAGAGAGGAGCUGAGGGAAGUCUGGGGGGUGGGGUGGGAGGGUGGAUUUCUGGUUUGGGGAGUGGGGAGAAGGUGGAAAAAUGAGGGUGAUAUGUUUUUGAUAAAUUGUUGUGCUGAAAUUAUUAAUAUAAAAAAAAAUAUUAAAAAAGACUUUCUGCUUCCAACAAGCCUUUGGGAAUUGGCUGCUUUUAAUGAAAGGGCUGGUGCUGUGCUCUUUUUUAUUGCAAUUAUCGGUAUGGUUUGAAUAGAUUUCUAAGAAUCAUAGGAUUGUCAAAUUGGAAGAGACCCCAGGGGUCAUCUAGUCCAAUCCCCUUGUGCCACUUGGAGAGUAUAUUUGUGUGUGUGCGUGUGUGUAGUUUUAAUGAUUUUUUUCUAUAUUUUUUGGCUGUUGUUAUUUUCAUCUGUAAACUGUCUCGAGUGUGGAACUGAGGACUGCAAAAAUGAGAGACCAAAAUUGGCAGCUUUUAUCUAUCCCUGCCUAGGGAGCGUCCCCAACAUCCUUUUAAAAAACUAGUUCUGCUCCUGUGCCCCUGAAAGCAGCCUGGCAUGCAGGAACGUCACAAGCGGAGCUUUUCCUGGCCCGGAAACAAGCCCGGAAAGGUUCGAUCUCCUGAUUUUGUAAUGUAACUGGAACCAGAGAAACGCAGUUGGAAGGAACCCCAAAGGUCAUCCAGCCUAACCCUCUGCAACGUGUCAGGCUGCUGUCAGAGGCGGAGGAGCAGAGACAGUAAAACACUGUGCGGGCGCGGCAGAAGUGAAGCAAUCCCCUUGCUGGGAAUCAAUUCCCCUUGGGUUAAUGAGAACGGUUGUUAAUAGGAGCAAACCUUAUCAACAGAUAAGGCAACAGCGAGCAACAGAAACUACACCCCCAGCAGCCUUGCAAGAAUUUUUGCAGGAGGGUGUCAGUGGCACCUGUGCCAGGUCCCACCCUCUCCAGACGACACCUGUGGAAAUUCCUCUUUUACGAUCCGCCUUCGCUUGGUUAUCAAUCCUGUGGUUAUCAGCCGCCAGCAGAUUGCGCUGGCAGGGAUUGCACCCGGGCGGUGAACUGCAAAGGCGGCAAGUAGCUGGGUGCGUAGAGAAUCCCUUCCCCAAUCCGUGGGGCUGAGACCCAGAGCUGGGGAAGCCUCCAGCCCAAGCAGCUGAGCUCAGCAUCCCAAGAGAGAGACGCUUUGCAAGUUCUCCUGGUCCCCAGCUGACUUUUCCAGCCAAGCAAGUUGCCAGAAAAAAGGCGGGUGACCCUGUACUGUGGGCAACCUUUUUUUUUUUUUUUGCCCGAGGGUAAUCCAGGCUGCAGAUCUAGGAAACGGACAGGCUGGCUGACACAUCUCUGCCGCUCCUUGCGCAAGCCUGUCAGUUUCUGAUUAGAUCUCGGCUGAUCUGUUUUCUGGGAGGUGGUGGUGGGGAACGAUGACUGGGGCAGGUGGGCUUCAAUUUGUGUUUUUGUUUUUUAAAUUUUAAAUUUUUAUUAAGUACAAAUUAGAAAACAUACAUAUUUACAACAAAAGAAAAAGAAAAUACAUAUAACCAAGGAAAAAAAAUAGAGAAUACUUUGCCUCUUUUCAUAUUUACAGCUAUUUAUACCUCUAUAAAAUGCUAUUCACAAUAAAGGAGUGAAAUGAAAGAUAAGAUAUCAGAAAAAAGAAAAAAAGAACAAGGAAAAAAUAAAGAAGUGAAAGAAAAGGAUCAUAGGUGAAAAUGUUUAAAAGUAGAUAAGUAUUCACUAUACAUAGCAGUUUCCCAUCUAUAUUUAUAUUCAAUUGUAUAAUUUCAUCUUGUCCUUGUUGUUGUUUAGUCGUUUAGUCGUGUCCGACUCUUCAUGGCCCCAUGUACCAGAGCACGCCAGGCACUCCUGUCUUCCACUGCCUCCCGCAGUUUGGUCAAACUCAUGCUGGUAGCUUCGAGAACACUGUCCCACCAUCUUGCCCUCUGUCGUCCCCUUCUCCUUGUGCCCUCCAUCUUUUUCAUUUUUUAUUUAUUUUUUAAUAAUUUUUAUUAACUGGCCAAUCACAUCAAAUUAAAUCACAUCACAUAAAUUCCAAAUUACAAAGCCAAAUUUUUAAAUUUUGUUGGGGGAACCCAUACUUCAAGAUCCAUCUUUUUCAACAUCAGGGUCUUUUCCAGGGAGUUUUCUCUUCUCAUGAGGUGGCCAAAGUCUUGGAGCCUCAGCUUCAGGAUCUGUCCUUCCAGUGAGCACUCAGGGCUGAUUUCCUUCAGAAUGGAGAGGUUUGAUCUUCUUGCAGUCCAUGGGACUCUCAAGAGUCUCCUCCAGCACCACACGCAUCUUGUCCUUAUCUACCUUAAAAAGUGUGGUUUUUUUGUUUGUUUGUUUUUAAAAGACUUCCACCGGCUUCAAUUUGAUGCUGGUACCAACCCAUCCUCAUUGGCUCAGCAGCUCAAAUGGCGAGCUGGGGAGGAAAGUAGGGCAGAGGUCCCUGAAAUAAUAUGAAGAGGCACAACAGCUAUCGUGACCUGGCUGAGACUGAUGGGACCAGGCCUCUCCAAUCCUCAGGAAUUACUAUGGUACCUUGGUUCGCAAACGCCUUGGUUCCCAAAUGCGGAAAACCAGGAAGUAAGUGUUCCGGUUUUCAAACAUUUUUCGGAAGCCGAACAUCCGAUACAGUUGUCGGCUAUUGUUUCCAGGGUGCCUGCACCAAUCAGAAACUGCACCUUGGUUUUCAAACAUUUCGGAAGUCAAACGGACUCCCGGAAUGGAUUAAGUUUGGCACUUUUGUUUUUGUGUUUUUGUUUUUGAGGCUUUUUCGGUCAAUUUGUUUUUGUGACUGUGUGGGUGAUGAUUUUUAUCAUCUACAACACUGUCUUAUUUAUUUUUUAGUACACUGGUACCUCGGGUUAAGAACUUAAUUCGUUCCAGAGGUCCGUUCUUAACCUGAAACUGUUCUUAACCUGAGACAUCACUUUAGCUAAUGGGGCCUCCCGCUGCGCCGCUGUCAUACAAUUUCUGUUCUCAUCCUGAAGCAAAGUUCUUAACCCAAGGUACUAUUUCUGGGUUAGCGGAGUCUGUAACCUGAAGCGUCUGUAACCUGAAGCGUCUGUAACCCAAGGUACCACUGUACAGUAUAUUGUUUAUUGCUUUCACUUUAUGGAUCAGUGGUCUCGUUAUAUAGUAAAAGUCAUGUUAAAUUGCUGUUUUAGGGGUUGUUUUUAAUAGUCUGGAACGGAUUAAUCCGUUUUGCAUUACUUUCUAUGGGAAAGUGCACCUUGGUUUUGGAACGCUUUGGUUUUGGAAUGGACUUCCGGAACGGAUUAAGUUUGAAAACCAAGGUACCACUGUAUAAUAGAAUCAUACAGUUGGGAGGGACCCUGUGGGUCAUCUAGUCCAACCCCCUUUGACGCAGAAAUCUCAGCUAAUAGGGGAAUAGGGAGCUUCUUAGCAACUUGGCACAUAUUGCAAACUAUAGACCCCAGGAGUCUUCGGGGGGGAAGCAGUCUUUGACUGCUUAGAGUGGCACGCCCUCCAACAUUCCUCCGGUGAAAAUAGGGAUAUUCCAUUCCUUCAGUGCAGGGGGGGUUGGACUAGAUGACCCUUGGGAUCUCUUCCAACUCUAUGAUAAAAAACAACAACAACCCUCCAACAUUUCUCUGACAAAAAUAAAUAAUAAUAAUAAUAAUAAUAAUAAUAAUAAUAAUAAUAAUAAUAUUUUAUUUAUACCCCGCCCUUCCCGGUUCAAAAACCGGGCUCAGGGCAGCUAACAACAAAUUUUAAACACUUUAAAACACUUAAUUAUAAAAGCAGCAUAACAACAGUAUAAAAACAUGAAUAACAAUAAAAAUCAAAAAUCAAUUAAAUAAUCCCCAGGGCUAGCUGGCUGAAUUGGUCCUACUUGGGCCAGCAAGGAGGCCAGGGGAGAAUUAGCUGUGGGGUCGCAGAGCGGGUGAUCUUCAUAAAAGGGGAGAGGGAGGAAAAAGAAGGGAAAUAAAAGAUCAGGCUGAAUUCAAAUCAAAAGCCAGGCAGAAUAGCUCUGUCUUACAGGCUCUGUGGAAGGAGGUUAAUCCUGCAGGGCUCUGGUCUCAUGGGACAGAGCAUUCCACCAGGUCGGAGCCAUCACUGAGAAGGCCCUGGCCCUGGUGGAGGAUAGUCUGACUUCCUUAGGGCCCGGGACCUCUAAACUAUGAUUAUUCCUGGACCUUAAGGUCCUCUGCGGGGCAGACCAGGAGAGGCAGUCCCGUAAAUAGGGAUGGGCUUAGGAAAAGCAGGGAUUUUCGGGAUCAGAUCAGCACCGGGAUGUCUUCUGUAAAUCUGGGACUCUCCCUGGAAAAUAGGGGCACUUGGAGAGUCUGGAAUGAUGUGAGGCUGCUUGAAAUGCAUAGUGCAGAGAGAGCCUUGGUUUGCUUGCACGGUUCUCGGGUGCUCACAGGUUGUAUCUCCCACGCACCCCUUGCCCCUUCCUGAUUCCGAAGGCCCCUUUGUCAACCCCAAAUCCUGAAUGUGCCUCGCCCAGGCUUGUGAUCCCUUUUGUGCUUCCUUGACCUGGAGGUGUUUGGAACAUGCUGAAUGGGGAUGUGACCUUGUUUGAUCUGCCCUAAGGCGGGGGCGGGAAGAAGGUAGAUCAGAAUCUCCUGGUAGAAAUCCAGGUGAUUUCCUUUAUCAGUAGAAGGAAGAACAACAAGAUGUCUGGGAUCAUUCUCUGUGGCAGCCUUUAAACUGCAAAGCUCCCUCCCUUCAGAUGCGUUGUACAGGGUUUUUUUUUCAGGCGAUGCUGAAGAAACACGCCUUUGCUCAGCCUUUUGGCAUUUGAGGGUUAAUUUUAUUUGCAUGCCGUCUUUCUGUAGAUAAAACCAUGCAUCAUCAUUUUUGUUAUUGAUAUCUUCUUCUCUGGUGAUCGCUCGUAGCCGAGUAAGAUUGUCUUCCAUAAACACGGUUUUAACAAUGAGUCCGUAAGUGACUGUGGAGGCCAAUUCUGGAUCCACAUGUCCUUCCACAGUGGGGACAUUGGUUUCUGGGCAGGAGUUGAUCACGGUGUGGAUUUGCCAAGCGUGCCACAAAUCCAACUCAAUGGAGUAACAUUGGAAAAUGUCGAUCACUUCUCCUACCUGGGCAGUUAUUUUUCCACAAGGGCCGACAUUGAUGCUGAAAUCCAGCAUCGCCUGAGCUCUGCAAGUUCAGCUUUUUCCUGAUUCAAGUGCAGAGUGUUUGAGGACCGGGACAUUCACAGGGAAACCAAAAUGCUUGUUUACAAAGCUAUUGUACUACCAACUUUACUGUAUGCUUGUGAAACAUGGACCACUUAUAAACACCAUCUCCAACUCCUCAAAAGAUUCCAUCAAUGGUGUCUCCGAAAAAAUUGACACAUCAUUUGGGAAGACAGGUGAACUAAUGCCAGUGUACUGGAAGAAGCAUAGAUCACCAGUGUCGAAGCAAUGAUUCUUCAACAUCAACUUCGUUGGACUGGUCAUGUUGUGCGGAUGCCUGAUGAUAGUCUUCCAAAGCAACUACUCUAUUCCGAACUUAAAAAUGGAAAGUGUAAUGCUGGUGGUCAACAAAAGAGGUUUAAAAAUAUGCCGUCCAUCUGACUGUGUUGCCACAGCCAUUCUGGGCAGGUUCCAACAAAACAUUAAAGCACACACAAAAAAACCACAAGGCGGCUUACAACAUGAAAAUAACACAGGAUUGCAAACAUAGCAAAAGCAGCCAUAAACAAUAAAUACAACAUAUCAAAAAGUGCAGAACCAAAUCAAUCAAUUGCCACAUAACUCAUAAUAAGAUCUAAAAUAAAGCCACACAAAAUUAAUAUUGAUAACAACCCCCAUUAAAAAAUCACCCUCCCUUAAAUUUAUUUAGUGUGUGUGUUUGAAUAAUAAUAAUAAUUUAUUAUUUAUACCCCAUCCAUCUGGCUGGGUUUCCCCAGCCACUCUGGGCUACUCCCAGCAGAAUAUUAAAAAACAUGAUCAAACAUCAGACAUGAUCAAACAUUAAAAACAUGAUCAAACAUCAGACAUUAAAAACUUCCCUAAACAGGGCUGCCUUCAGAACAGGACAGCAAUACAACGGUACCUCAGGUUACAGACGCUUCAGGUUACAGACUCCACUAACCCAGAAAUAUUACCUCAGGUUAAGAACUUUGCUUCAGGAUGAGAAAAGAAAUCGCCUGAUGGCAGUGGGAGGCCCCAUUAGCUAAAGUGGUCCUUCAGGUUAAGAACAGUUUCAGGUUAGGAACGGACCUCCGGAACGAAUUAAGUUCUUAACCUGAGGCACCACUGUAUGUGAAAGUAGCAAUAUUGACCGAUUACAUUUGACAGUCACUUUCUAUGUACAAAAAAUGUUUCAGAGCAACUUUAGAAGGUGAACUAAAAACAGCCAAAACCAAUUAAAAAGCAAAGGGUUCUUUUAAAAAGCAAAUAACAAACAACUCAGCAUUUUCCCCCAGCUGGAACUUGCUAGAACUCUGUUCCAUCACCUCUGAGGUGGAAAUCAUUGCUGUUAUAAGAAAACAAGGGAGGUUUCUUUCCUGGUGGGUUCUGGCACCUCUUUUCCCCCCUAGAAGAAUAGCACUGAUACAACAGCAAUGCACAAAAGCAACACGACAGCAGAGGAUAACUUAAUGAUGAUGAUUAAUAAGGAUAAUAAUCAUGGGCUCCUUAUUGUUGAUGGUGGAGAAUUCCUGUCUCGGUUCCCCCUCAGAGCUCGCAUGAGCUGACAUCCUUUGGCGGCUACACAAAUCUGUGACACAUCUCC